CACCCAACAUGAUUUGAUGCCUGGAGAGAGAGAGUGGAUUCAUCGACACCUAACACACCGUUACAGUCGGGGACCAGGUACGCUUUUUUCUCAUUUAACCCCUCUAUGACAUGUGUUUCACUGUUAUAACCGGCGGGUAUAAUCUCGGACUGUUACACAGAGAAACCUCUACCUUAAAUCCAGCUGUUUUGGUCAGCGGUGUUAGCUGACAGUGGCUAACAGCGUCGGUCAGCUAACACCAACUUAGCUAGCAUUCAGAAAGAGGGAGAGAGAUCCCACAUCAGCCCUGUAUUGUUUUGGUGGGAAAGUGAAAGAGUUUGGAGCUCUCUGAGAAGAAACAGAUAGUGUUUGACUAAAGUUUUUCACAGAAGCGCACAGAAAAAUGCGUAAUGAGGUGUCGGAAGACUAACGUUUUUGUGACCGUUACUGUGAUUUGACAUAAAUGUUAAGGCCGAAGCUAAAAUGAUAACUGGAUUUUACUGAAUGGAAAUGGGGACGUGGUCCAGUCUGAAACAACGAUAAAAACUUUAAACCGAGUGUCAAAAUUGAGCUGAUUUGCCUGUAUUUCAGUUUCAGCUGUCACUAUGUUGAACUAAUGCGAAUACAAAGUUUUUAAAAGCUUUUAAUAUUUAGUUUGUGCUGUAUUUCUGUGAUACUAUUGGCAUAGAUGUCUGAAACGUGGUCCUAUGAACUCCUGAGAUUAAAACCAAAAUGAUCUCCUCAGGCAUUAGUACAGUUACUUUAAUGGUAGUAAGUAAUACUAUGUAAACUGUAGAAAAAACAUUACUUUCUACAGAAAGUAUCUUCUGAACUAAAAAGUUCAAGUCACACCCAAGAAGCUACUCAUGAGUGAACUAUAACUUUUCACCUGACUGAACCAACGAUAAAAACUUAUUUGUUUGUAUUUCAGUUUCAACUGUUAGUAUCUUGCAAUUAUGUGAAUACAGCGUUUUUAAAAGCUUAUUAAAUUUUGCGGCAUUUUGUUAAUAUUAAUGGAAUAGAUGACUAAAACAGGGUCCUAUGAACACCUGGGAUUUAAACCAAAAUGAUCUACUUGGGCAUUAGUACAGUUACUUUAAUGGUAGUAAGUAAUGCUAGUAUGUAUAUCUUUUGUUCUAACGAAAAAGUUCAAGUCACACACAAAAAGCUACUUGUGUGUAAACUAUAACUUUCCACCUGGAUGCUGGAUGUGGAGAGUUGAUAAGAAGUUUCUCAACUCACUGACUUCAUAUCCAGUUAUGUAUUUGUCUUUCUGACAAGUACUCUGAUGUAAAACUCAUUGAAACACAUCUCUACCCCAUAGAGUCAUUUCCAGAUCUUUGUAAAAAGAGGAAAAAAAACAAAGAAAGGGUUUUUAUGUUUCAGUGAGUAGGGUGAGAUGAUGGAACAGGUUUUCCAUGGAGUUAAAGCAAUGUUCAAACAUGACACAGUUUAAAAAGAGGUAUAAAGGCACUAUUUUUAAGAAGUACAGGGAUGAGGAAGGUGUUGGGUAGCACUGAGUGUUGUGAGGUUAUCGUCUGUUUUGUUUGUUUCUUUCUUGUUUUAUUUUGUUUUGUUGGAACAAAGUGGAUGUAGAUUUUGUUUUGUAAUACAAAGUCAUGAACGUACUUUAUCAUAAUUAUCAAAUACAUGUUCCCAAGUUGCAAGGAAGCUUUGUGUGUACUUACUAUUUAAAGGGAAUGGGUCGGAGUUCAUGAGUAAUUGUUCUCACUCCUUUUCAAAUAUGUAUUUCUAUGGUUUAUGUUUGAAUGUUUUGCCCUAAUCAAUAAUCAACCAAAAAAAGUGACUUAUCCAUCACAAAAUCUCAGAAACGUGUACAUUUAUGCUCUGUGCCAUUAGUUUGUUGUGAAGUGUUUCUCUCACAGGCAUUAGUGAACUAAUCCCCUUCAUUUAGCUUCUGAACAGCAUUCAAACGUGACCAGCAGCUUGUUUAGAAACUAAGGUGGAAAAUAAACAGCAAGGAGGCCUGACUGAGUUUGUGGGAAAAUAACUGGUUAAACUAAAUAAACAUUAAACCAAACUGGGUCAUGUCAUGUCAGACUGUCUGAAAACAGGGUUUUGUUGUAGUCUAAAAAAUCAACAAAUAUGCCAGAGUCUCACGUUUUCAUAAUAAUAUCCUUUCUGCCUUGAAAUGCUGCUCAUUUUAAUUCAUCAAUCUUGCUUCUCUCUUGUCACAGUGUCUUGGAUGCUGACCAGGUGAAGUCAACACAUCGCUAUUAGAAACAAGAGGACUUGAACACAAAGCUCAUCUGAAGAAUUACAGUAAGUAUCUGGAGAAAUAGCAUCUACCUACAUGCACCGCUACCAAGGUUCAGUUUGUGUUGAAUUUUAGUCUUCUCAUACACACAUCUCGUCAUUUUUUUGUGCGUUUGCUGCUCACAGUUCAGUAGGAUCUAUAAAAGAACAGCAGGGGGCAGCCUUACCCACACUGAGCCUCAGUGACUCUCCUGUGCUGUGAUUUCUGUUCUUAUGUACUGGAAAAGUGCUUGGUUGGCCGCCUAAAUCAACAUGUGACAGUCACAUAUUUUAAAAUGAAGAGGUUAACGUUCAUGAUGAUGCCCUCAAACAUAUUUAAUGAAUUUUAAUGUCUUAGAAAGUCAUAUCUUUAGUGUUUCUGCAGCUUGCUUAGAUGUGCAAAACCUAAUGUUAGAUUGAAAUCACAAAACCAAAGUCAUUCCAAUAUACUUUUCUUACGUAUUGAGGAAUUUACGGGAUUGUGAGACAGAUGUGUGUAAACAGCUGAUAUUUUAAAAAAAGGAUACGUUGAUUUAAAUGAGGUUUUCGGUGUUUUAAGCACCAUGUCUUCUGUCUCUUUUCUGACGACCGAAUCAGCCCUGAUGUUAUCCCAGGAAAUAACCCAGAAGGUUUGGAACGAUUGCGACUUUUACAUAUCAUGCAAAACUAAUUUAGUGUCCAUUGAUUGGUAACACAGUGUUAGUGGAUUUAUUAUCCUAAUGCUGUUCCAGAGAUGGACUCUUGGUAAUCUAUAAAGCUGAGCCUGGUCUCACAGCUGUUGUCAAGUUUGAAGAGGUGAAAUGUGGAGAAUAAGCCAAAGUUUGCACGAUUCCUGAGCUUUUUUUUUUACAUCAAGAACCUUUUUUCCCUCUGCGUGAUGAAGUGCACACUUUUAGUGACUUUUGACCUCUUUCUAAUAACUUUUUGAGUUUCUCUCUUCCUGUCAACAUCGUGUCUUCAGCCGGUUGUGUUUUCCCUUCCACUCCCUAACCCUUUCCUGGCUUCUUGAACUUUCAUAAACAACUGACCCAAGCAGCUGGCUCUCACAGCUGCUUUCCCUGUCAUAUUUUGGUCUGUCCUCAUUUGGUAGAUUUUCUGGUAAAGCGAAGCCGCAGCGAGCGGACAAUCACAACACCAAAACAUCUGACAAGCACCAUGUGGAAUUAGUUAAGGUUUUACUCCACAAAUGAAAAAUAAAAGACAAAGAUAGGACUGUAUGUCGACUUUGUACAAAGCUUAAAAACUGGCCGGCUCACCUGAUGGCUCGGCGUCCACGUGAAGCAGCUGCGUAGAAGGCACCACCGUCGAGCGGUGCAAGGGCAAGUGUUUGACCUCGUAUGACUGCUCGUAAAAAAAAACAGCCGAUUGGGUUUCUGCAAUUUAUGAUUUAGUUGAUAUUAAAAAACUGACACCACAGAGAAUACAACUUUGUGGGGGAGAUUUUUGAUGGACCCUAAAUAACAUCUAUCAGACAUAACUUUAUAAUUUCCUUGAAGUAAUAAUCAUCAUAUUAAUAAUUUUUCACUGCAGAAGCGGUAGUUCUUCUGUGUUAGCAUCUCGGUCUGAUUGAAUUUCCAUGAAGAAAAAAUCAUAAAUGUUCUUCCUUGAGCUGAGUCACCCCGCUGUAGUCCGUGAUGGACUGGCCUGAGGUCUGGCUACAAACAAGCGGCUGCUAGAAGAGAGGAGGUGAGUUGUGUUAAGUCUCUUUGUUACGAAAUUAGGCAAAGUUAAAAAGAUGUUUGGUGGCUAGUACUAUGUCUAGGACCCUAUAUGUCCUGUUGAUGAAGUUAGGUGCUGUUCUGAGCAUUAUUUGUGGCUAUAGAGUGGCGUUUUGGUUGAGGUUUGUUUAUGGCUCCUGAGACCGCUGUGUAUUGCUAUUGUGCGGCCGUUACUAAAGUUGGUCUAACUUGCUGUUGACCAUACAUUAAUUUUACACUGGAAUAUCCCUUUAAAUAAACUACAGUAUAUUUCCUCAUAGUUUUCAUUCAUUUUUCAAUUUACAUAUUAACUUCUUCGUUAGUUUAAACAUUAACACGAUAAGAUAAGAUAAGAUACUCUUUUAGUCCCACAAGGGGAAAUUCCUACUUACAGUUCAUUGUUUCCAAGAAACAAACAGUAGACAGAUGCAUGCAGGGUGACAGAAACAGGAGAUCACCUGCUGCACUGAGAGGGAGAUUAGGUACUACGGUUUAUGGUUAUAGAGAUGUCUAAUCAAUCUACUGUAUGCUUUAUUUGAUACUGUAUAAUGUGUGUAUCAGCUGACGUAGAAAACAUGCAUGUUUGUACUGCGUCUGUGACGUUUUGAAGCCAACAAAGUCAGCACAACCCUCUGAGUUCCUCCUGUAAUUCAGUGUGGAGUAAAUUUCUCUAAGCUUAAUCAUGAACAGCUUGUCGGACCCUGGAGUAUUGAUCAUGUUGUGUUUUUCUUUUUACUUUUUGUUUUUUCAAGUAAAGUAGGAUUUAUUUCCUGAUACUGAUCGACAGCGGGUAAGUUUUCCCUGCCAAGGUGUGAUACUACGGAGCACUCUCUCUGGGUCAUCAGGGGUCAAAUGUUUCUAAGUACGAUUUCAGUCGCCUUGUGUGUGAGCGCACUUGUCGACAUGAUAUAAUGCAGGCUUUCCUCGUACAAAGAUAAAAACAUAGAGAUAGAAGGAUUCCCUGAUUGUGUCUGAUCGUACGUCUAGGGCGUGUCUUUUGCACAUAAAUGAUCCUGUCAGGGGAAGUUAAACUUAAGCAGGCCCUGCAGUCCAUCCAUCACAUCAACUCCUCUCUUAUUGUCUUUAUGGAGCUCGUAAUUGGAUUCAGGCAGCCUGAUAUGACCUUUUCCUUUUGGUUUCAAGGAAAUCAAUAGAGCUCUUUAAAAAAGUUGUGUGAAGUAAGACUGACUACCCUCCUCUGCUUUCAGCUGUCGACCUGAACGAGGCCUGAUCCUGGUGAACAGAGAGAGCACCCCUGCUUCUUUUUCUUUAGCGUGGAGCAGACCCAGAGCCUUGUCAUAUCACUGCACCACAGCUGUCACUGUUUGUAUAUUUGAUAUACUGACGGAUGCCGAAAAGGAACAGGUGUUGCGCAUUAGUGCCACUAUUCUCCCUCUGCUGAAGUCUAGUGUGGUCAAUAGAGUUGUCAGAGUGUAUCAUUGUAAUAUAUGACUGUGUGACUCUAAAGUUGAGCUUUGCUACAAAGAAUUCCCCUCUCUCGCAGCUCUCUGCAGAAAAAGAAAGCGCACAGAUAGGGAAAGUGAAUGAAUGUGGUUAAGGUACCUAAAAACAGAUCAGGAAUAGAGGAAUGUCUUUGAACGUCGACCUAUUUCUGUCCUGCUGCUGUCUCUUCUCAGAACAUUCUUAUGGUCUGUAUUGAGUUUGUGAGAAUAUCAACCCCAGAUGGAAACUUUGCCAUGUUUCGUUUUGGCAUUUGUGACCAGUAUUUUUACUGUAAGUGGAUAUUAUUUCCCAACUCUGUUCCUUCUUUUUUUUUUUUUUUGCAGUAAUAUGUUGGCCGAGUUAUAUCAUAAAAACAAUAAUCUAAGCUCACAUUUUUGACAUGAUGACUGAUAAAGUCCUGGCCUUGAUUAGCUUGUAGCUCUGUUUCUCUUUCCUUUUUUUUAAUCAAUCCCUGUUCUUUAUGUGUUACAGGACGAGGGUGAAAGCCAAUGGUUGCUUCACGUCUUUCCUUGGUUGUUUAGCUCUUCAGACAAAUCCCGUCAGACAGGCCCUGGUUCCCCCCACAGGGAGCAGUCUCAUUAGGAUUUGUUGCACAAACUGGAGAAUCUUAACUGGCUGAGGGAGCAACAAAGCCUCCCCUCCUGGAGACACAUGUUCCUUGCUGGGGCCUGACCCUGAAGCUAUGGGGUCUUGUCCAGUCGUAUUUGGCUCAUAUGCUUUCCAGCCAGAAACUUGUUUUGCUCUGUAAAGAAUAGCUGUGUCGCAAAAAGCAAGCUAUGUAGAGGCCACAGAGGGGUGACAUUGGCAUCUCAACGUUUCCGUGAUCUGGAUUGAAGUGAAUUUUGCAGAUUCGAUCGAUCAAACAGGGGUGGAAAGUUGAUGGAUUAAAAGAUUGUUGUUAUUGGACUUUUUCCCCUUAAAGUUAGCGGAAAAGUUCAGUUACUGUGAGCGAGAUACGAGUGUGUCAUAAGAAAGCAGCUCUUUGUGCCGUCUGUAGCAGAAACACCAACAUUUUCUCCAGCUGUUCUGUUUUCCAAGUCUGUCUCUCACUCUCUUUGAAUCCCACCACCUUCCUGUUUCUCACACUAAAGAGCGGAUAUAGUAAAGGUGCUGUGAAGUCGGCCCCGUUUGUGUGGAACGGUUGAAAGGGCUUGCCCCCUUAGGAACCAGUGUGAGCCAAUUUGAGCAACGCCGGGCAUAUGGAAUAUGUAACUCAACACUGACUCUCAGGGGCUCUCAACAUUUGCCUUUGAUUUCCAGCCGGCUCUGUUUCAUCACUCAACAAAGUUCAUCAUUGUUCCUAAAAAAAUAAGUUGAAGGCAUUAGACUAGAUUUUUUCGAUAAAUCAUACUCUGGGUUGUUUGAUUGGAAACAGGAAAUAUUUCCUGAUCAAGUUGAUACUACACUGAAGAACAGCCAACAAAUUAGUAACAACCUGGAAUCAAAAACAGCAAGCGCUCAGGUCUUUUUCACUUUGCACCUUUAUUAAUAGUAAAAAUAAAGAUUAAUUACGAGGCUUUUGCAGUGAGAGGAAGAGGAAAUUCUGCUGCAACAAAAAAGUGAAUAUUGGUUUGUAUGGAAGAGAUUAGGAUUAGGGCCACAAGAAGGGAAAAAAAUAAUUACAGUAGGGAGAUUAUUUUCAUUUCCAUUUAAAAAUUAAUGUUGAAAUUUAAAAAAGUCGAGAUUUAAAAACUCAAAAUUAUGUGAAUAAAGUCAAAAAUAUGACUUUAAUUUAAGAUUAUUUUUUUUAUCUUAAAAUUUUGACAUUAUUCACAACAUUUCAACAUUUUGUAAUCUCAAAAUUUAAACUUUAUCUCAAAAUUUCCACUUUUCAUCUUGAAAAUUCAACUUUAUUGACAUAAUUUCAACUUUUUAAGUCUCGAAUUUUGACUUCAAUCUCGAAAUUCCGACUUUAAUCUCGAAACUUUCCUUUUUCAUCUCGAAAAUUCAACUUUAUCCACAUAGUUUCGACUUUAACCUUGAAAUUUUACAAUCGAAGUUUCACCCCCUCUAAUAUCGUCAUGUCAUCCAUUCAUACACAAGUAAGAACAGGAUGACAAUGAAGGUUUUACAUGCACACAAACAUUUACUCAACCAUUGUUUCCAGUCAUAUUCGCUGUCAAACUAUUUCAAGCAUAUAGAAGUAAUUUGAGUAAAAACUGUUAGCAUAGCGUCCAUCUGUUGUCUUUUUAUCUGGUUGUAUAUUUCCGUCCUGCCCUUCCAGCUCACCUGUAUCUUUGGCGCCGAUAUUAUUCUGAGUGUUUCACUAGGACCUGUGCAAACCUCGCUCUUCCUUUUGAAAUGUGUAUUUUGCUGCGGUUGUGUCUUCAUAUUCCUCUUCUUGCUAUACUCUCCUGAAAGGCGUCCAAGAGUCUGAAACCUUAAUUUAAUAAGAGAUAAAUUGGAAAAAUGUGCAACUGCAAGUCAUACAGUAUUUUAGGCUCCCCAGCCAGAGACGUUUUAAGAGUGCGUUUCUUACUCCUCCUUUUCAACUUAACUGCCCUCUUCCCCUUUUUUUCAUGCAGUAAAUAGUCCCAUGGUUCCAUCUGCUUUCAUGCCUUAAAACAAUUAAAAGGCUGUUCAUUAGUCUGACAUAGUCCAGAGAGGGUUUAACAGGGUGAAGGAAGGGAGGGAGGAAGAAAGAGAGCUAUCUUGGACCUGGCCCAAGGACUCUGACCUUGUGGGGUCUGUUGUUUAUACCACAGUACUGAGGUAGAUGGUGCAGAUGAAGGGUGAACUGAGGAAGGCUGUGGCAGAGGGCAGAGGUCAGCCUGAUCCUCAAAACUUGUCUGAACAUCUUUUUUUAUAGUUUGAACCGGUUUCUGCUAAGACAGAGUCGAGUUUAAAACUGUAAUCGGUCUCCUCAGGUGUUCGAUCUCUUCUGUUGGUGUAAUGAUGUUUUUACAUGGUUACCGCCUUUUUAGUUUUAAAGUCAUCUGCAGGUCUUCAUGGGUGUAUGGGCAGGAUUAAGUCUCUGAGGGGACUUUUAAGACCACACCCCCAUGGGCUGACACUAAUGCAUUUGCUGCUCACUGAAUGUAGUUGCUUGGUGUGAAAUUGUCAACUGCACUCAAGCAGCCCUCACUGUAGUGCUCAGUCUGGGGCAGAGCUCAACGCCGGCAGAGAGGCUUCACCCUUAUUUGGCUCCACCCCCAAUCUUUUGCACAACCUGGUGACACUAUGACCUGGUGACGGAGACCUUUGACACACCCAAGUUGCCACAAUCAAAGUAUCCGACCAUGAACAUACAGUGGUAGACUUUAGCCAAGCAGGCUAAUGGGGUUUUGAUUAAUUAAGUUAGAGCUGUCCCGAUACAAUGUUGAUAUCGGGUAUCGGUCCAAUAUCAGCCGAAAAACAAAUAUCGAUACAGGUGUACAAAGAUUGAUGAAGCUGAGCAUCAUCACAGCAACUCUCUGCAACUCUCCCACUGAAUGCGUACAAUGCUACUGCGCGAUGUUGGUUUUAGGAAAUGAAGACAAAUCGCGGAAAUACUGAGAGCUUUUCGGCUUCAAAUCCGCAUACUGGCAGAAGGCGGAACCAAGUUGUCCAUUGUAUAUACAGUCUAUGGUCUUGGUUCAGAGGACCAAGGGCUGUUUUCUGCUGUUAAAACUUUCUGUCUUUGGUUCCUCUCUUUCUUUCCUCUCGUCCAUUAUCGUGGAUGAUGGAAGGCAGCUGGAAGACCUUGCUUGUUCUCCACUUGUUCUGCUUGCUGUGCCCUCCUCCUGACAAUGUUAGUCAAUCCCUAAUCCGGAAUAAUAAUUACCCUGUCUGUGGUUAUUGGGAGUUUUCACAUGGCCUUGUGUGAGGGGAGUAAAGGAUGGAGAAUGAACGACAAGGAGGGAGGAGACAAACGAGGGGGAGGGAGUAUUGUGGAUGGACUGAGAGGGGGUUGUUGCACAAUUGAGAGUAAGGGACUGUCAGAAACCCCAGAGGCAUGUAUUACAAGAUCCAGAUGUUCUAACCCCACAAAGUACACCCGGCCCUACCAAAGCCAUAUCUAUUGUACAUAACCUGAUAGAUAGAUUACACUGCGUGGAAGGCAUUACAACACUCUUGGAUUACAUCUUUGCUCCUACUAUUGUCCACAGUGCCUCUCUGUUUGUUUUCCAGGCUAAAGGAAGUCAUUAUUUGGCUCGGCCUCAUCUGAGGAAACAUUUCUGCGCCCCCUCCCCCCUCCUGCUUCUCUACUUUCUUUGAAAUUCCAAAUUACAUCUUUGGUCUAGUUUGAGUGAAUGCAACAGCAGGCCGCUGCUAAUGAGCUCACUGUGAUCUGAGAGCGCCGUCAUCCAUAUGCAUGUAACCAAGUCUGUGCCGUUUAUUAAUGCUAGAUAGUCAAAAUCUAUUUCAGAAGGUGUUGUUUAGGGAAUUCGUCACUCCUCUUUCACUUCCUAGUCCCCCUCCUUCCUCUUGUCCACCAAGUAACUUCUGGCAUGAGAGGUCAGCAUUGUGUUCCAGCAGUUUGACCUUUGGUAAUGUGAAGGCAGGCCAGAGGAAGACCUGGAAGCGCUUUGUCUGCCUCUCCUGGGAACACAAACAGUGACGGAGCGAAGGCACACAGAGCCAGCUGCAAAGCUGCUCCGGUCUGCUUUGUUGCUUAUUUGUCAUUUUCUCCCAAGUAAAAAAAAAAAAAAUAGACAUGAAAGACGAAUCUGAGAGAGGGGAAACUUGGAUUUAUUUUUCUUUUAAAUCUUGGCAAAAACAAAGAAAGUUUUUGAGCAACUGUUAAAACAUCAAACAUACGACUGAGUAUUAGGGCCACAUUAAGAAUUUAAAAAAUGAAGACUUCGAGAUUAAAGUCAUUACUAACAAGAAUAAAGUUGUAGUAAAAUCAUUACAUAUGAGAAUAAAGUUGUGAUAAAAUUGUAAUUUACAAGAAUAAAGUCCUUAAGUAAAUCAAGUCUUAAAGCUGCUCUUGUGGAAAUGUCUGAACUGGUCAACUGCAGAGUUAUCAGUGGGUGCAUCAGCGGGCCAUUCAGAGGGAUUUUAUGGUUUCUCAAGAAACAAUCCAACUGAUGAUCAACAUUUGCGAUUCAGAGGGAGUUGAGCUCCGACAAGCAUCGCGUCUGUCUCUGAUGCCGGCACAACACCGGCAGUAACCUACAUCUGCAGAGGCACCAACACCUCAUGGCGAAUAGAUUCAUAGGAUAAACUAAAACCAUAGACUGUUUAAUAAAUAUGGGAAUAACAGGUUAGAACAGCUAUUAGCUACGACUUUAUUCUUGUAAGUAAUGAUUUUAUUAUAACUUUAUUUUCGUCAGUAAUGAUUUUAUUACGACUUUAUUCUCGUAAGUAAACAAAGUCUUCAAAAAGUUUUUUCUUAAUGUGGCCCUAAUACUCAAACAAGAUGGGGCCCGAACACAAGUUUUCAAGUUGAAAGGGGAAGAAUUAAAAAGUGGUGAUGGUCUUAAAGCCUUCCUCUUAGUUUGGCAUCCCUUACAAGGCAAUAACAUGACCAUAGACUGUUUAAUAAAUAUGGGAAUGGGAAAUGAGCAACCAGAAAAAAUCUCGUUCUGCAUGCCGAGUGUGCAGUUUUAUGCAUCGGCUUCAUUUCUCCAGACUAAAUAUGCCGCUUGGACACAAUACAUCACAAAAGGCAGUCAGUGCAAACGACAACCAAGAAAUGAACUACAGAAGACAGGACUGGUCCAAACCCUUCUAUCUAUGACCAGAUAAUGUUGUGCUUACAAAGUAAUAAAUAUAUUUUAACUUUUUAUCUAACCAGGUAAGAGCCUGUUGAGAUCGAGAUCUCAUUUACAAGAGUGACACCAAUAAUAGAGAACAUGGACAAACUUGUAACAAAACAACUUCCUUCAUUAGACAGAAAGCUUCUUGACUGAUAACUCUUAGUUUUUCUAUCCCUCCACUUGCCCCAGUCUGAGUUUCAAUCAAUCAGUCAAUUGGUCUUUAUUUGUAUAGCACUUUUCAUACAAAAUCAUGUUGCACAAAGUGCUUUACACAGCAGAGGAAUAAGAGAAACAAAGAAUACCUGAAUCUACCCCAACCCAACCCCUCAUUCCCACCCCGUGAUUUAAAUUCAAAUUCAGUUUUAUUUUUAUGGCACUUUUCAGACAAAAAAUUCAGUUCAAAGUGCCUCACGGAGGCUAAAAACAACAAUUAACAACAAUAAGACCCAAACCUCCCACCCACACAACAGAAACAUGUAUUAAAAUGCAUUCACUUGAAAAGGGUUCGAUUUCAUGGAAACAGGAAUAUGCACAGUGAGAAUUUUGAAAUUUUGAAAUUCAAGAUAAGGAAACACUGGAGGUUAGGUAAAACUCUAAAAACAAAGUAACAUAAAAUAAGAGUAAAAGAUAGUAAAAUAAGAGCACCAAAAUAGCUCAAUAAAAGACACUCCUGUCAUUAAACUAGAAAGAGAUAAAUGCUAAAACACUUAAAGUUAAGUUAAUGAUAUAAAAUUUAGUUAAAAGCACGACUAAAAAGGUACGUUUUGAGUUUGUGUUUUUGGUCAUUGUUUCUGUCAGACUUUGUGGAGUGAACCACCUUAGCAGAAUGAACUGACAUGAGUGGAUGUGGGUGGAAGCACAUUUGCCUAUGCGUGAGGGUAUUCAUCUGUUUUUAAGACUUUGGGUCAAAGUAUUUCAAGAGUCUAGAAAAGGUGGGCUCAGUCAGGUGACUAAUACAGUUUGUAAUGGGAUUAAAUCUGUGCACUGACUUGAUUUUGAAGUCUAUUCAUCCUUUUUAAUCUCAACUACCCCAUCCUGUGAUCAUUGAAUUUGUUAAGCCCACAUUACCAUAGCCUGUUUACCGUGGCUUUCUCAGUUCCUUUCAUAUGCCACAGCUUUCAUCACUUGAGAUUUCCUUUGUUGAUAUCCCUCUGUUAUCUGAUACUGGCUGCCUUUUUCCCUCUUACUCUGCAGACGUCGACUUGUCCUCUACAUGCUGCAGGAGACCUUGAGAAGCAAUUGCAUUAAAUGAAAUGGCCUUAUUGUUAUCGAGGUGAACUUCUCAAUAUAUCGUGAUAUUGAUUUGAGGCCAUAUCGCCCAGCCCUACAUGAAUCCAACCACUGUCUAAUCUGCUGAUUUGUAAAAGAACAGCCAAGAGUAAAAUUUUAGCUGCUUCAUCAUCAUCAUCCAGUCAAACUUUCCUUGUUACUCCUCUUCAACUCUUCUUGGAUUUUUUUCUUCAUAUGAUGACUCAGACCUGGCUUUUAGCCGAGACCCCUUGGUGGGGAGAAAACCGAGCUACAGUCGGUGUCCAAGUGUACACCUCAAAAACUCCUUUGUGAAGCUACAGGAGCGACUUUGUUGCAGCCGCCUCACUUACAAAACCCGGUAUCACAGGACAAAGAUGUGAUCCUUACAAGCAUCUGAGUGGGCUAGUGAAACGAGUAAUCAGCUGUCUAAAAUGCGACACAUAAGCCAGAAUCAUCACCGGCGAGUCUGAAGGACACUCGCAGACGCAGAAAUAAAUACAUAAAAACUUCAGGGCUGCCUUGUCUGUCUCGAGAUGGCUCCGGCUCAAAGGAAAUGAGUCUACGAUACACAGGCAUUGCUCAAAUUCCUUUACUUGUGUCAUCGCUGCAAAAGCAAAUAGUGGCUUAAGGGGAAGGAUUCUGCCACUGAAUCAGGAGAUUGUUUGUGUCCUCUCGGGCUCAAAGGGAUGCUUUCAGAAUUGGAGAAAGGUAGGAAUUCAGGCCUGAGCUUAUUAUUGUGAAAGCAAUGAAUUGGAUUCUGAGUCGGCCUCUUUCCUGGAAUAGUUAUUAAUUAUUCAUUUAUAGUUAUUGUCUGAGCUUAAUGUCUCUGCCUUUGCUCUGGUAUUUUUUAGGAGUACAGCAAACAGGCUUGCAGAAAUGAGAGUAAUGACGGCAGAUCAAGUUUUCAGUCUGGGACUUUAAUGGGUGGUGUAAACACCCCUAAAAACCAACGGUUAUCAAGAAGGGAUUUAAAAAUGUUAGAAGUUUUGCUGUUUCAUGAUUGUCAUUGUAGAUACAGAGAGAAGCUCAAAAAGGUGGAGCUGUACAGGAAGAGCACAAAGAGGUUCUGUCAAGAGAAUACAAAGAAUGAUAUGAACAAUAAUGUCUGUCAGCUGAGUGUACAAUUCAAAGAUCAGCACUAGUGGCUGUGCUGAACUUUGACCCUUUUGGUAGGUUGAACUAGAUCUCCUGACCUGAGGUUGUUACUCUAACUUGGUAGAAAGUCCUCUCUCUCUCUCUCAUCUGACCAUACUUCAACUCCCUCUGUGGCUACCACCACUCUCUUCAUCUUCUCUCUAUUCACACACACCUUGGUAAUUGCUGAUGUGGACCAUAUGUUGUGUUUGAAUGGCCUUCUGUUCUGGGAAGCCAUUAGACCGACAGGAGGACCUAUCAUAACCCUGUUAUUGGGCUACCUGACUGUACCUUCCUGUGAUGGUUCCUUGUCUUAUUUAGUUCUUAUCUCUUCUUCAGCUCACCUACCUGAUUAUCACCUUCAGCAUCUCCUCACUGGUGUAAUUUCCACCCUUAAGUGACCGCUUCAGUCAUUAUUAACAAGCUAAAGGCAGCCAGCAAUGGUGUGACCUUUCAGCUGGAGGUCAAUGCGUUUAAAUAGAGGGAAAGACUUGCAGGUUUGUAGCAUGUGUGUGUGUUUCGGAGUAUGCAGAGGCCGUCCAAAGACUCUGAGGUCUCCUGGUGCUCCUGUAGAAAGAAGUCAUUGUCUUUCUUUUCUGUUUUUUUUGACUGAAUGUGACCUUUCUGUCUCUUUGCAGAUUUUACAAGUUUCCGAGAAGAUAUUGAGAGUCUGUGACGUGAGAUGCAGGCAUGGGUUACUGUCAUCCUGCAGGUAAGAUAUGUAAGAUUGUCUCUCUUUUCCAUUUCUCCACUACAAAUCUAGUUAGAUCUUGAUACCAGGCAGAUCUUUGUUCAGUUUUCUUUCAGGUAAGGUAAACAGAGUCUGGUCUCGUAUAAAGUUUAGCCGUCAGGAUUCAAGUUCAAAGCAAAUUUCUAUGCAAAUCAAGGGUCUCAAAAAUGUUGCACACAGCUGUGACGCUCGGCGAAGGAGUGCAGCCGUGCGCCGGGUCUCCACAAAAGAAGUGGACGAAGGUUGAGAACUUUUUACAGACUGGCAAAGCUGGCAGUGUGUUUUCUAUCAGACCACUUCUGACCCAGUUGUGCUCCCGACAGACGCCUGACCAUAUGGACAUCCGAGAAAACUGGUUUUCUCAAUGUAGUCAUUGCAGAGCCAGCAAGAAAUAGUUCCUCCUCUUGGCUCAAAAGUCUGAAUCUCUAAAAACCGGUGUCUCUUGAGCACAAGCAGCCUAAUAUAAAAAACAUGUCAGAGAGUUGGCAAUCAAGCUCUAAAGCAGCCACUCCUGGUCCUUUCCCUUUCCCCCCUCUGUCUCUGUAUGGCGAGUCCAGACAAGCCUCUGGGAGGAAAAAAAAGGUGGAUGUUUGUUCUUCACCUCGCUACAACUGGGUCAGUGAGCGAGGUAAAGGUGUCUACACACGGCUCACAGUCCACACGGCCCAGGAGAGCCUCCACAAACCUUUGAAAGUGGAUUUAAAGUCUCAAAGGGGAGAUCGUCAACAAACAACAUUCACAUCUUCACCUCUUUAGCAGCGCAAUGAAUCUUGGAAGCGAUCUUCAAAGAGACCUUUAAAGAUAUUUGUCGUCUCUCCAAGCGUGCGUGUUUAACAGUCUGAGGUUAAAACAGUGUGUGAUGGUGUGUGAGUGUAUUCACAGAUUAUCCCAAACAAAGAAAGUAGCUCUGACGGGUUGACAGUAGAGGAUAAAAUGUGUCUCUGAUAUUGCGUAUGACUUCAUGAUGAAUUAUAGAAUUAAACUCAAGCAGAAGUGCAGUCAGUGCAGUCUUUAACACACACACACACACUCACCUCUCUCCCUCUCUCACUAUCACUCAAUCUGUCUUUCUGGUUCCCUCUGCCCUGACCUGCAGAAAGGCUUUCUGGGCCGUGUCAGUCAGCCAAAAACUCCCUCUGUUAAAGGCUCUGCAGGUUGGACGCCAGCCUGUCUCCCCUCUUAAUUCUUCCACAUCGGCUUCCUUGUCAUUUCUCGAUGUAGGAAACUCACUGCUCAGUUCAGAUACGCACAGAAUAGAUCCUUGUGCGAUGCGUGUGUGUCAAGUUUGUUUGUGCAGAUGUGUAAAAGCGUGAUUGUGCAUUGUGUGUCUGUUGCCUGUUUUCAUUUAUUAUCAUGUGUGAUUAUUCUGAGAGCAUGUAUAUAAUUUUGGUUAACUUUGAGGAGAGCUUUAGUGGAGCAGCUGUAGCUGCUUUAUGACAUGGACGGCAUCUGUUGUUGAUUCUGCUGGACUUGAGACUUUGGCGUGGCCUUGAGCCCGGCCCAGCGUCUCUUACCAUCCAAUCCACUUUAUGGCCUUUGAGAGGAGGCAUUUUAGAGCCUGAAAGAGGUCAAUGCUGAUCCCUGUCAAGGAGCUGCUUUGUUUAGUGUCAACAGAGUGAAGUUGCAUCAAGUUAAAGAAAAAAAGUCAGCACAGAGGUGAUUGUACACAAAAUACUUUUGAUUAAAGGGAUAUUCAGACGCAAAAUUAAUUUACGGUCAAACACACCGUAAUAACGAGUUAGACACCCCCUUGAGAGAUGAAUGUUGCCAAAGAGACCAAACACAACUCACCCGCUCUCCUCCAGCAGCCGCUUGUAGGGGAGCCCUGACGAGUCGAUCAUAGAGUGUUGUGGAGUUUCACAGCUCAAGGAAGAACAUUGAUGAUUAUUACUUCAUGGAAAUACAAUCAGACCAAGACGCUAAGGCAGAAGAACUACAGCGUCUGCAAAACGAUUAAUAUGGUGAUUAUUACAUAUUUGAGAUGAUCCGCUGCAUGCGGCGGCUGCUGGAAGAGAGUAGGUGAGUUGUGUUAAGUCUCUUUGCUAUCGAAAUUAGACAAAGCUAAAAAGAUGUCUGGUGGCUAGUGCUAUGGCUGGGACCCUAUAUUCACUGUUGAUGAAGUUAGGUGCUGUUCUGAGCAUUAUUUGUGGCUAUAGAGUGGCGUUUUGGUUGAGCGUGUGGAUCCAUAGACCACUGUGUAUUGCUAUCCUGCGAUCAUUACUUCACUUGGCAUAACUAGAGAAGCAAGCGGUCUUCAAUUUACGCUGGAAUAUUCCUUUAAUAAACACAGAAGAGUUGGUUUAAAUGAAGGUAAUUUGAUGCGUUGUCUGAUUAGUUAUUCUUGUUCGUCUAGUCUGCCACUCUUUGUACUCAGCAUGCACCUGUGCACUCCGACUGCCUCGAUUACUGCGCUGACUGUACAUUUGUUCUGAGUCUGACAUCUGAGUUAUUGCGCCCCCCUUAAACCCCCCAAAUGUCCGAGCACAGCCUGCUCAACUUUGAUCAAGCGAAGUUGUAAAUGACUGUUGUUCCAGCAUUCAUGGCCCGGGGUUAUCCAACAGUCUUUAUUAGCCUAAUGAGUGGUUUGAAGAUGUUUAUUAAUGCUACAGUGCGCCUGUCUGAAGAUGCCCGUGGCGGCAUUUUCUUGUCCAAAACCUCAUGUUGGCAGACAGCUGCAUGUUUUUGGCUCAUUAAAAACUUCAGCUGCAGAGACUUGGGAUGAUGUCUUCAUUAAAUUUAAUGAUUUGUUGAUUUUAAUAAUCUGUUGUGUUUCUUGAUGUGAGGGAGGUGUGAGGAAAACACCUCUCAUUGAUGUAACAAGACGCAGGUGGAGUGAAAUGACAUCAAUGCGUUAGCGCUGUUGAAGCCAAAUAUGAUUAAUCUUUGACUAUUGAUUUAACUCUAAACUUUUAAAAUCUGUUAAAAAAGAACUUUUAUUGGAUCAAUUUAACAUUUUUGUGAGUUUGUGUGUGUGUCAGUCUGUCCCUGUGAGGCUCUGACACGCAGACAGCAGUGGAGCAGGAGAUGGAAACAUGUUAAAAUCCUCAGCAGAGUUGGCGGACUAUCUUUGUUUAAAUAUUUAGAAAUCAUUUCUGUAUUAUUCUAAAACUGCAAGAGAGUUGGUAAAGUUUAUAAAUUUCAGUAUCACUAAAUUUUUGGUUAAUCGCCCAGCCCUAUCUCGAAAUGCUGUUUUUUCCUAUUGAAAAUUUUCUUCUUUCAUUACAAACUUGUAAAAAGGAACCUAAAUGGAUUUUCUUAAACCUGUAGGUAAAUUUUCAUGUUAUAGGAUGAUCAGAUUGAAUUUGAGAAGUGUAACCCUGAAGCUAAGUGGGAAAAUAUUCGUUUCCUAGAUUUCAGCGGCCAAACUUGCGUUGUUUCUUUAAAUUACAAAAUGGCACUAAACUGAAGUCAGGAUGGAUGUUUAUUCAUUUUCCUUUGGUUGUCAUUGUCUGGUGUUGCGAUCCUCUUCUCUCCAUUGUUUUUUAAGUUCUGGUGGUGGUCUGUCUUCUUCUCCUUCUCCUGAUUUUGCGUCCUUUUCUGCGGCUGUCCCUCUCCACACACAUGAAUGUCCCAGCCCUACGAGUAGCAGAUUUGUCCUGAAGCGUAUUGGAGUUUAAAGCUCCAGUGGGGAAGGAAGGUCCCUGCUGGCUUGUCAGUGUCUCUGACCCCUCUGUCACAAUGAGUGUCUCUUCCCUCCCACUCAUUUCCCUGCCAAGCUGGGAAGAGUAAAUAUUUAUCAGCCCCCACAACAAUGGUCAGCUUAGGGAAGAGACUUUGACCAGAGCUCAUGCAAGGCCUGUAGGCAAAGCUGGUGUCAGACAAAGCCUAGAUAUGGGUUCCAGGAAGAUCUGAAUAGAGACUCUGUAUAUUGUGCGGACUAAGUGGUUAUAUUACAUCAUAAGGCCGUGGUGCUACAACGCCAGUGUUUCAUUAAAAAGCCGUUUUUAGCUAAUUAGAAAAUCCAUGUGGACAGAUAUCAAAUCAAAACUCAGACCUGAGCUUUUUGGCGCACCCUGCUUCUUCAUAUUCCUGCUAAAUAACCCAAUAAGAUUAUUUUCUCAGACACUGAAAUGUCAGAUAUGAUGUAAAAUAGCAGGAGGUGAAGGGUUGGCAGGAAAGAGGCCGACGGCUGCCAGAAAACUGCAAGUUUAUGAGCCACUUGACUUAAUAUCUGGAUCUCAUAGGUUUUUUUUUUUUGGGCAAUGCAUGGAUGGAAGUUUUCUGCCAAAUACAACUCAGUGCACUCAAGGAUAGCCUGAAGGGAAAAUAGUGGUGCAACAGAUAACAGUGGAUUUGUGAUGUGUUCGGACACAUAUAGCGUAUGAAAUCAACAGAAAAUUUAUCUCUGCUUAAAACUGAUAUGAGCAUGAGAAAAAACUUUUAUGUUUGGACAAUUGAAAGUCACGCAAAACACCUUGAGUAUCAUAUUAAAUAGUGACGUAGUGAAUGAUCAGUUACAAAUAGGCUGCAUGCCUCCAAGUCACAAAACUCAGAACAGGGUUAUUAUCAUUUAUGAAAGCUAACGAAAUAACGAAAACUGGAAUUAAAAAAUAUUUUUGUUAACUGAAAUAAAUAAAAACCAUCAUUGAAGUACAGAACAAUAACUUACUGAAACUAUAAUGUGGCUUUACAAAACUAGCUAAAUCCCUUUGCUUUUGUUUUUGUCAAUUUCCUAUUGAUAAAAGCUAAUUAAAGCUAACUGAAUUAGAGAAAUUAAAUAAAACUAAACUUUAAUGAAAAGUCCAAAACUAUUAUAACCUUUGCACAGGAGCUCUUCAGACAGGAAGACUUAAAGUCAUGUUACAUCUGUGGUGGUCAAAACCUCCAGUAUUUAAAAAAAUCUAAAAUGUCAUAUUUAUGAAUAAGACUCACUGCUGAGGGUCAGCUUCUGCGCCUUUAUAUCCUGUCCAUGAAAAUCCCAAACAGUUUUGUGAUGAGGGACAACCCUUGCGGCAGCCAGCACAAACAUGUGUGACUCUGUGGCGAGGAUGUGGGCACAGAUCUCUGACUUUGGUCACUUUGGUAGGAGCAGAAAACACAUGCAAUGCACACUGGGAAAGCAAACUCCCAGGAAUCUCUGAGGAACCCUGGGAUGGCCACUUGUUCCAUCAUAUGUUCCUCUCACUGCUAAACGGUUUACUCUCCCAGGGGCAGCGAAAGUCCCCUGACGAUGAAUAGAUUUCUAAUGUAAAUAAUCUGAGGAUGUAAUCUAAGUAUAGAUGUAUUUUUGUCACAUGUCAAACUUGAGUUGUACCAACAAAAGUCUUUUCUGCAUCAGCUGCAGAGAUCGGAGAUACACCUCUGCUACUCCCUUUGUUGUUCCUUUUCUAGGAGGCCCAUUGACCCAGAGCAUGAUGUAAUUCCAUAAGCCUGUCACUAAUUAUUUCCCCCUCAUUUUUAAUAACUCUAAGACGAAUACCAGACCGAGCCUGGGGCCCCGUCAUUUUGGGGUGUGGAGUUUUUUUCCCCCCUUGCAUGUGCUUUUAUAGCAAUUAUAUUGUGUUUAUAAAUAUUUAUGAACAUAGACAGACAGCCAGUAAAGUCCACCUUGGCAAACCGAAACUGUACAACUUUCCACUUAUUUUUAUUUUUCGGUUUAUUACCGUUCCCCUCUGCUGCCGCCGCUCUUCCCGUUACCACAAAGCAGCGUUUUGAUUCAUCAUUGUAACAACUUGUUUUUCUUCUUCAAAUUGAAAAGAAAUUUGCAAACACGCCCCCCGGUGCAAUAAGUGUGCAUGCAUGCCAGGUGCAGACAAUAACUCCCUCAUGAGCCUUUGGUUAAUUUCUGCGGCGCAAGUGUCCUGACAGACAGAUGUGGCAAAGCAGUGACUUCCCUCAGACGGAUUCACAGAUCUCUACAAGCCCACAUUUGGACAUAGUCCCAAGUAUGCUAGGUUACACACACCUGUACUCACAAAGAACACCUGCGCACCCUUACUUUUCCAGCACUGUAUCAGUUUCCUGUUUGAUGUCGGGGUUGUUUUGGUUAACGAGGCUCAAUGCUGCGUAGGAAUCAGGUGUUGUGUAGUGAACAAACUGAUCGGAGGAGUAGGGGCGCCGUUAUUGUCCCGGUACGGUUAGUUUAUUUAACAAAGAUGGUGAUGUUAAGCAGGAAGUUAAGUUCCCUUAUACACAUUCAAACAUGAAUUUCCCAACUUUGUGCGUGAGAGAGAGGAUUUCAUACGUGGGAUUAUUCCGAGGAUCCAUUUGUCAAACUGCACAUUUAUCAUCUUGCCCACUGGUGUCAGACCCACGGCUUUCUCACCAUGUCUCCAUUACGCUCUGCUGGUACUAGCUUUGACACCCAACACCCGACCCUUUACACACAAACAGGCCCACAGACACACACUUUUCCUCUAAAAAAACUUGCACAGACACAUUUUCACACAAUAUCCAUCCUCCUGUGGGGUCCAGACCAACACUUCACAGUCCGAAUACCAACUUCGUCCUCUGUGCACCCUGACUUAUUUCCUAAAUUAAAUCUUGUUUGUGUUUUUGGUUUGAAUCAUGAUCUCAGACAGCAUCUUUGGCUCCUUCUUACCCCAGUAAAAGCUGUCUGGACAGCGAGCAUCACUCAAACUUAAAUAUUCGUGAGCAGUGAGAACCAGCGUCCAACUUUUAUUUCCUUCUACCUGCAAUCCUCUCAAGAGUUCCUCAUUUGAACUUUUAAAGGAGACUCAGUGAGCUCAUUUUUUGCAUGAUUCAAUGACUCCAAAAACCACUUAUUUAUCUCAUACUGGCAUUUGUAAAGAACCUCAUUUCAACAUUGGACCUGCUUUGUCUGAAGUGCUUCAUUUUGCUGCAUUUCUGGUGAUACAAAGUCGGAUAAAGCUUCUCACACAGUUUUCUCAAAGAUGUGCCUAAAACCAAAAACAUGUGAGUGCCCAGUUGGCUCCCUGUUUAGUUCUGUUAGCAUGUUUAGGAUAUUGUCACUUUACCUGCUGAUAUCAGGGUUUCUGCUGGGUCUUAAAAUGUCUUAAAUUCUCUUAAAACCUCAUAAAAUGUCUUUAAAUACAAACUUGAAAGGUCUUAAAAAUGUACUGAUGUUGCUUACAAAUAAAGAUUAAGGUUAGUUUAUAAUGUUCAGAUUUCCCUUCAUGUCUUUUGUACUUUUUUGCCAGUAUGGGUGUAAAAUGGAUCUUACAUUAUAUUCAUUACGGUCUUAAAAAGUCUUAAUUUUGACUUGUUGGAACCUGCAGAAACCCAGUGAUGAAAUGUGACUUACAGCACAUGUUUCCGAGCCUUCGUGGUAGGUCUUUGCAGAUGAAAAGUUUAAGUAACAGCUCUAAAAAGAUGAAGUUAAAGAUCGAUUGGUAUAGAUAUGAGUACUAAUGAAAUCCAAACAAUAUCCACCCUUAGUUUAGGGUAUGUGUAUCUGAUUUGCAGUACUUUCCUUUGUUGAUUUGUGCUGCUCUUAAAGGUAGUACAUUAUUAGUUCAGCGUUUUUGUAACAACCUGUAAGAUCAUCCCUGUUUUUGUUUGAUCUUAGCAGCUUAGACUGUGGAAAUAAAAGAGAGACAGAGACAGAGAGAGGAUUCAAGGCAGCAUGAGUCAGGCAGAUGGAGACAACAAGGGCAAUGAAAGAGAUGUGAAACAAACUUUGCUUUGUGCGUGUGUCUGUGUGUUUGUGUGUGGGUGUGUGUCGAGGGCGAGCAGCUGCAGAGGCCCUGGAUCCUGUCUCUUUGGCGCACACCUCUCCUCGAGGAGUGGGAAGAGCCCUUAACUGGGCACUAACCACCAGCUGACUCAUGCACAUGCAGACAUACCUGGUUUUGUUCGCAGAGGUACCUCAUGUCAUAUAUGUGUAUAUGUACGGACAAGUAUAAAGGAAACUCUUAUCUCGGCUCGUCUUCCUCCCAAACCGUCCAAAGUCUUUCAGUUCCCCGCUUGUCCUUGGGUGAGACGACACAGGAUGAAGUCACUCGGUUUGCCUUGGCACCAGCAUCUCUGUUUCAGUCAGUGUGGGGCCAUGCCAAGGUUUUUUUGUUUUUUUUCUCAUGGUGCAGCUUUCUGCUCACUCUCCAAUGAGAGGAACACGGACAGAAAACGAACCCUGAGCAGCACAAAGUAUGGUGAAGUCAAGCAGGGCAUGCAAAUAGUUAUUCUGGUCAUCCUUGCAUUGCACCGUAUGGCUGUGUGUAUAAUGCUAGUUAACCAGGGGGUGAUGAGACUAACCCCCAAUUUUUUUACUGCAUCCAGAACGGCUACGGUGGCGAUUUUCGCCUUCCGUCAAUUCCUAGCGACAUUCCUAGAAUCAGCAUCUCCUCAUUCAUGGUGUCAACGGGGUGAAAUGUUGUCUAUAAACCUUUCACAUGUUUGUCUCCGCCCGUUUGCAUGGUAUAAAAUACGAUCUGCCUGAAACACGGAGUGUUUUAUUUUGAAAAGAAGUUGGAUGUUCAAUUUUGUGUCUGUGCCCAACUUUCCAGCACAGGUUAAUCUGUGCUGAAUUUAUCCGGCAUGCUCCGGCGUCCAGAAAAAAUAGAACUCUUGUGAUCAGCUGCGAAGUCCAGCGAUCCGUAGCGGAACGGAAAGAAGCCGGUGGAAAUUGACACGUUAACUUGAAUGGUUACGAUCAGCUGCGAUCGGCGGAUACUGCCUUUUUGUAGCUGUUCUGGGUGAGGUGGAAAUUGGAGGUAAGAUUGAGCACGAUUCAUCUUGUUCAAUUCCUGUUUCAUGUCAGAAUCAUGAUUAUUAUCCACUUGGUAAAUGUAGCGCCCCCAAAACGGUUCAUUUUAUUCUUCUAUAGUGUGUUAUAGUGAACAGAAAUCUCUUCCACAUGUGUGACACCUCUCAACUUCCUGACAGAAAGUCUGGCAUGUUUGAUUUUUCUUGUUUGACCUCAUAUAAUCCGUUCCCUGCCAACAACAUCCCUGCCUUUAUGAAGUAUCAGUGAGAAGUACCAGAGUUCAGAAGGAGAACAAUACAGUGACAAAGAAAAAAGAUCAUGGAGUCUGACUUUAGACAGAGCUGUAGCUGAAAUUUGUACCUGCGAUCAAAUCCUACAAAGCUCUACAAAUAAAGGUGACAGAUGGCGUUUUGUAGCGUGGUGUGGUUUGGCCCUGUACCUCCCUUAACAAAAUGAAGCCCAAAACAUGUGGAACACCCUUCAGUAUCACACACUGCAGACUGGAGGGAAGAAAAAUCACUCCUCACACACCUAAUCUGGCAAGAUAAUCUUUACGACCAUCGGAUAACCGGGCCUUUACUAGCUUUUGUCGGGAAGGAGGAAUCAAACUCAAAAUCAGCAGCAUUAUCUUGUCGUGUGCGCCUGCUUAAAGCUUUGAUACGUUUCUCAAGUUUGUAUUUAAAAAAGAAAAGGGAGAGUGUUUUAUCUCCACACCUCAGUCUCCCUCUUUCCAUCCUUCUCUUGGUGUUUCCCUCCUUUACUCGGUCCUCCCCCACAUCUCAGCCUCUAUCCCAGUAUUUCGUACCAUCGCAGCAGGAUGUGAUCUAACACCUCUCGGACAUUUUCAGCCCACGAGAUAAGAUGAUGAUUUUUUUUCUCUCUUGGCUCCCCAAGGCUGCAGUCCCCUGCCUUAGAGGCCCCGAGGGCCCCCCUGAGAAAUUUGACACACAGAUGUGAUCUUUCAAGUUUUAUCACAGUUUCUCUUCAGAGUCAUGACGGCCCAUUUCUGCCUCAGAUUCCUACUGUCUGACAUGGUGCUCUAUUAUAUAUGAAAUAUCCAGGCCAAGCUAUCAUGACUUUAAUGUGUCCUACUUCAGGGUUUGAAUUUGUUUUAAAUUAAAAUGUCAUAAAAAUACUUUAAAUUAAUAGAGUUUUUUGAUUUCAGAGAUGCUUUUAGAGAUAUCAGGUGACCCUAACCCGUACUGCAUUGAAAGUUAUUAUUUUGGUCUUAUUUUAACAAACAAAAAAAAAGGUAUAAAUGGUGGUUUAUCAUCUGUGCUGAUGUUUUACUUUUGUAGUUUUUAAGUUGAGGUGAUAAAGAGUGUAGACCAAAGCUGUGUACAGAGUUCACAUCCCUAGAGGAGAUGGAAGAGGUGUCAAAAGGCUCCAGAGUUUGAGUAUAUUUGAGCAGCUCUUAAAAGGUUGUUCUCCUUUUGAGCAAACGUUAACUUAAGUCCUCUCAAAGGGGACUCUCUUCCACUAAUUUACACACUUACACAUCUGUCCGUUGAAUUCCUCCCAAGCAGAGCUCUGAACUGUCUGUCCUUCUCAGCUCCUCAGUCCAUCUGCCUCUUAUCAGGAGACCAUCCUGCUCCCCUUUGUUCUGCCAAAUUUCCCCGUUGCCCUGUUUGUGUUUCAUAUCCAACCCCAAAUGCUCGACAAAUAAGGAUCUUUUCUUUUCCAUUUGGAUAAGAGUCACAUUUGCUGGACUUAACACGUUUUCUCCCAUUUGAUAAACAGUGUGACGGGUUAGAUCUGCCGCCAGGCUGGGACUAGUUGUGUGCAAAACUGUGCAUAGAACGCCAGUGAAACAACUUGCCUCUGUUUCUAAGUCUGGGACAUGAUCUUGUUCCUUUGCCAAAUAAUUGCAGCUGGCCAGUACUUGUUCUUUAUACAAUAUGCAAACCUGACAGCACUGAUUUGGUCUUUGGCACAUGGAAAAAAAGAUAAGUGAAUAAUUCUUUGUCAAAAUCAACACCAAAUGUUGAAGGAGUGUGGCUUUUCUUCAAAGUAAUCCCAGUGAUACUGAGUUUUGAAAUUAUUAUCCAUGUUGCUGUUGGUCUGGUUCGCUUUUAAAGACGUCAAUAUCAGUUUUGUUGUGUUUUUUUAACACUUAGAACUCCGCUGGAUCGCCGGCGAUCAUACGUGACACGUUAAUAUUGUUUAGAGUUUCUCAGGAACUAUACCGUGUAUCUCCGUGGGUUAAAAAAGUGUUCAAAAGCUUACCCUUUUGGCGAUCUAUCGGGGGUUUCCAGGCAUUUCUACACCUGUCAAUAACUCUGUCCCGGGUGGAAGCAAGAACACUGACCCAACAGCAGACUGACUGUUUUUCAGUUCUGAUUAGACUCUAGUGUUGAGAUGUCUGUCUCUCAUGAUAGCAUGUACUGAGUCAGGGUCAGUACCAGAUAAGAACAUUAAACUAUAAUCUAUAAACGUAAGGUAACAACCGAGACCUAAUGGCGCUGGGACAGCAACGCUGUGAUUGAGUUUGAGACAGUUAAAAUACAUAUGUUAUGUUGUAUCUGAACAGGUUAGCUUACGAGCUAAAGUUACUUAGCACAGAUGAAAGUUAAAACAAAGACGUUUAGUAAACUGGUAAAGCACACAAACCAUCGUCAUAUAAGAAAUCCGACGCUAUGACUCUCCACAAGUUGUCCUUCAGGUCGUUAUCUUUGUAAUAUUUGUCUUUUAUCAAAAAGCACUCUGUUCUCCGGCACGUAAACAAUCAGCCAGUCGGCCAUGUUGGAUACACCGGUGAAUCUGACGUCGCAACAACACGAAAUCUGAUUGGUUAGAAAUGGACACACAGUAUGCGAAACUUUAGAAAAAUCGACAGUGAUCUGAGAAAAUAAAUUCCGCAAUAUCGCAGAAUGGUAAAAUGUUGCUGAUGUGAACGCUUGUAUUGACAGGAUGCGGGUUCGAAAAAAAUUUUUAUGUCCGAAAUAAUCGCACAAAAAAAACGUUCCCGCAGUUAAAGGACCUUUACAAAAAGAAAAGAAAAAAAACAGGCGAACCAAAUAUUGCAAAAUAUAGCUGGAAGUUCUAAGGGUUAACUAGUCCAAAAAUCCUUAUAGUGACUUUAAGUCUUUAACAAAACCCAAAGGUGAGAGAUACCUUGGCGCGUGCCGCCACCAUGGCAGUGAGUGGGUUAAAUCUGACAGUGGGACUGUCCUAUCAGUGCUCUGCGGUGCAGUCCCAGCCCACCUCCUCCUGCCUCCGUCUCUCCGGAGGGGCAGGGAGCCGGGGUUUGUGUACGGGUGUGUGUGUGUAUAUGUGUGUGAGUGUAUGUGGCUGUUUGUCAUGCUUGCGGGACACACUCCCAUGAAAAACAAUCCGCUCCUCCCGUGAACUGUUGUGGAUUUUGCGGGGUUUCGGAGUUGGAGGCACUCGGAGAUAUUUCGGCUGCGAUCGGAGGAUCCUCUGCCGUUCGGUCGUUCGUGUUCGUAACGGGGCGCCGCGUGCUGCAGAUCCCAACGGCGAUUACCGGGGGACAAAAAACACGGUAGGACAUUAGAAACGGCGUCAGAGCGCCAUAAUUUACGCAUUAGAUGGACUGAAGUUUGCUUUAAAUCCUCGAGGUUCGCUCAGGGUGUGUGUGUUUGACUGGAUUCAGAAGUCGAGUGAAAGUCCAGGCUCGGAAAGUUGUGGGUCUGUGGGUCCAUGCGUCUGAGUUGCAGAGCGUCAGUAUGUCGACUGUAAGGGGACUAAACGGAUAGGACUUACCCUUUAACUCUUUAUGAACAUAUCCUUAACACUGUAUCUCCAGAAAGUUGCAGUAAAUAUUAAAGAUUUGAAAGUAUAAGUCUUAAAUCAGUUCAUGGGAGAAACUGGGGUGUGUUUCAUCUCAAGGAGCCAGUCAAGAAAAAGUGAGGCUUGAGGAAACACACAAAAAAAUUCUCUUAACUAUAACAACUCAUGGAUGUUGGCAUCCUAAUAUGACAAUUUGUAGCAUGAUGGUUUUCAGCCGUUUGUGCUUGACUCUCACAUAAAAAGUGUUUUUAACCCUAGAACACUAUCACUAAAAUUAGUAACACCAUCACUAUUGCUGGGUGAUUUUUACCCAAAAUAAUAUACCCAAGAAAAAGUACAUGUCAUCAAAAUAGGACAAUACAUGACAAAUUAAAGUAGUUUUAUUUUAUUUUUCACUGUGUAAUGUCCAAACGGAGGGGGAACAUAUAAAAAUGCAACAAAAUUAGGCAUUCAUGAACAAAAAAUUCCUAAAAAAAAUAAUAGAAACUGUAAACUUAGUUUCCUUUCCACCCAUUACUGGGGCAUGUAAGUCUUCCCUGGUGAAGACUCAGCGUCUUUGGCACAAUAACAGCUGCAGGAGAGAGAACCAAAAUAUGGCAGAUUUGGAGUGAGUAAAAAUGACCAGCUGACCAAAAUAUUUCUUAUCACUAUAUGAAUUCUCUUGAAAAUCACUACUUUGUGAUAGUUAUUCAUAACCACUGCACUAAAUCAAGAUAGAAUGCAAAUUCCAGAACCACUCUUACUGACCUUAUUCAUGCAGCUAUCAAAUCCACACAAACCUACUUUACCCUGUAUCACUAUUGCCGGGUGAAAAUCACUCUGUGAACACGCGCCUGUAGGAAAAAGCAGGUUUUGGAUCAGGGAAACAAAUAUGCCUUCAAAGAUGUCAAAGGCAACGCUAAAGCUACCCAGGGACCCAUGAUACUUAGACAAACGCAACAUAAUGAAAAUCACGUAAACAUGUUUGCGAUAGUGUUCUAGGGUUAAUAUGAUUAAAUAAAUCCUCUCUAGUCUUAUUUAUCGACUCACUUGUCGUCCUAAUUAUUGCCUUGGACACCUGGGUUGAUGGAAUGACACAGUUCACCUAAUGUGCCUUGAGCGAGCUCUGUCAAACUGGUAUGCUCAACAGCCGAGCUGUGAAAGAGUAUCCUGGGGGGGUUGCAAUGUCCAAAAUCUCUCCUGACAAGCAGAAAAAGAGAGCGUGUCCUUCAGCCCCAGUCUGGCUGGGACGUUUGUAGCUGCAACAACUCCACAGUUGUUUUUGUUGGUAUUAUUAUAAAAGUAGUGUGGUUAUUGACAGCCUCUUGACUGAUCCCUUGUAAUUACUGCCUAUUAGUUUUAAUUAAAGGGAUGCAGGAUGCCUUGCUGCGUGUUGUGUAGCUGCCUGUCGCCUUAGGUCUCUCUAUCUUUCUCACACCCCAUAAUCAUAAACUUAACAUGAAAGACAGCAGAAGAAGUGCUUUGUCAUCACCUGCGGUUUUCCCAACCGGUUGCCAUGGGGACCAUUACAUAUGUUAGCUUUUGGUCGGUUAACUUGGAUGCUUAAAAGUUGAGUACACUAAAUAAUCGUCUUGCAGAGGACCCGUGCGGUUUGAGAGGGACCGGGUUAGUUCUUCUUACUGGAACGGGAUCCUGUGACGCUGCAGGUGUUUCUGUGAAAAUGAGGGAGAACCAGAAUUAUGUUUCACUUUAAAGUCUAGACAGAGUCUGACAUGUUGGAUUAAGCUUGAGUGAUUAAUUAUUAUAAUUAUAUUACUUCUAAUUGUAUCCUUUACAGUUCGGGGUCACUUCAGUUCAUGCUGUAAUUAACUAAAACAAAACAGCCCAUCGGAGAACCUUAGCCCCUAAAUUAUAUCACAAUAUUAUUUUUAACGGCUUUCAAUUGUAAUCAAUAACAUUGGACAUAUCAUAAAUCAAAACAUCUAGUAUUUAGGUAAUUGGGUGGAUUAUAAAGUUAAACUUUUAACUUCUCCAUGUCAUUCUGGGACUGAGUACAGCACUCCUUAGAUACAGCCUCAAAAAAGAAUCAGGCAAGUAGAAGGAACUCUUUAUUCUCAAACUAGGGCUAAAGUAAAACAAAAGUGCAUUGCAAUAUUAUUUUCCAAAUUUAAUAUCCAUUCAAAUACCCCUUAAAUCGAUUAUUUCCAGUCCUGAGGGAACUCUGUGGGUCAUUCAGUCAUCCAGAGACAGCCAAAGGGUUGAGAAAACAAUCAUGGCACACAGGAGAUAGAAUCAGUCCUGUAUUCUUUCAUAUGUUCAUAAUAUCAGCUCUAAAAAUCAAACAGCACAACUCUCUGAUUUACUUUAAAAUCCACUCAGUUUGUGAGACCAGCAGCUUUCUGAAGAUAAUGUCUAUUUUUUUUUUCUAUCUCACAGCGAAGAUUAGUGUAUUUUCAGAGAUUAUCCAGAUGUAAUCUCUCAAAAACAAAGGUUUUCUGUGGUGUCUAUUCAUUUUAGUGAAACAGUGUUAUUUCUAUUGUACGCUGACUGAAGCUGCCAUCUUUGUUUUGGUCUGUCUGUAUCUGCAUAGGUCCAAUCAGAAGCCACAUUUCCCUUUCAUGGCAGAGCAAUGAAUGCAAUAAAUGUUUGACUCAUUUUGAGUCCUUUUUCUAACCCACGAUAAAAUUGCAUACACUAUUAUUUAACAAUUAUUCAAAGGUACUGUAAUAGAUUAUUCUGGUAUGUCUGUUAUUCUCCACACAUUAUUAAAUCAGUUUCAAAGCAUGUUAAUCAGGAUCCUGACAAUACUCAGCAACACUACAAACAGCUCUCCUUAUCGUGUGUGCAGUUUCUGGCAUUUUCUCGGUUUGUUUGACUGAGUACAUCAUCUGUCAUCAUCAAUCAAUCUUUAUUUAUACAGAGCCAAUUCACAACAAUGUUAUCUCAAGACGCCUAACAAUAAAAGCAGGUCUAGACCAGACUCUGUUUACAAAGACCCAAUGUAAAGAGGUUCGCUCAGACUGGGAUCAGACUGAACCUCAUCUUGUCAGAUCAGACCACAUGAGUGAAACACUUUACAGCAUUUAGAGAGUUACAGUGGAGCGGAAAAACUUCCUUUAACAGGCAGAAACCUUGAGCAGAACCAGGAUCAAGAUCUCCUUGUAACAGGCAAAAAUCUUGAGCAGUACUUCCUCUAAUAGGCAGAAACCUCGAGCAGAACCAGAAUCAAGAACUUCCUUCAAAAGGCAGAAACUUUGAGCAGAAACAAACUCAAGAAUUUCCUUUAACAAGCAGAGGCCUUUUCGGGACCAGACUCAAGACCUAUCUUUAAUAGGCAGAAACCUUGAACAGAAUCAGAUUCAUGUAACAGGAACAAAAAGAGCCUUUUAAGCGUUUUCAACCUCAUUCUCUGUUAUAUUAUAUCGACAUAAAAUGGGAAAUUGCUAAACUUCUUAUUCUCUCCGAUUUCUCCCUCAGAAGACUGACGGUGUCCUUGUCAGGCCCGCUGGAACAGGACGAUGGCUCUGAGUGAUGCGGUUUGUGAUCAUAUGGCCUUCAGCAGUGCAGAGCACCAUCCCCUCAGCGCCAUCGGAAAUGCCCCUCUGAGCAACAGCACACUGGUUAAAAACUCCCAAGACCAUCUUUUAGCUGUCUCCGGUGACGAUUACUCCGCUGCAGACGGAGAGGAAAACGCCAUAGCGAAGGUUGGAGGACCUAAUUUACAGCAGAAGAGGCAAAAACCCCAUGCUGUCCAAAGAACAAACAAAUCAACUCAAAAUGGUGGCGUGGUCAAACAGAACGGAUCUCUGACAUACCUUCCCCCAUCCUCUGCCACCACUGCCUCCCCCAGUGUCAUAGACUCCCAGAGGCUAGGCAAACGCCACCUUCCCUCCACCCCCUCUGCGUGCUCUCCCUCCCCUUCCCUCCAGACGUCAGUGGACUUCUGCAGCCAGCACUGUCGCUUCCAGUCCCCCCUUUGCUGCCCGUGUGAGCAGCAGGAAUGUCUGCGCUUCCAGAACCCCGGGACUGGACCUGGGUCUGGCUCCAUACACAACCAUGGGACCAAUUCAUCUUACCCCUGCUGCCACCCUGCCAGUACAUACUCCCACCCCCAUCCCCAUCCUAUCCAUCAGCCGUCCCCUUUCUGCCUCCAUCAGCACAAUCACCAGAGCUGGCAGGAGCACCUGCAGAACCAAGCACCUGGGAUCAGGUAGGCAGAAGGCAGCUAUUCUAUCAUGGUACUGGUUAGAUAGGAAUCCUAACUUAGCAUUUCUACUUAUUGUUAUAUUUAUUUUAUUUUCCUUGCUUAUAGCAGCUCAUAUAUGUGCUGCCAAGUCUUAUAACUUCUUAUACCUUAUCAAUCAUAAUUACCGGGAUAGUAUCUGCAUCAGGAAGAAACAGUUCUCGGUUUUUUAUACUUUUUAUUUUACACAGCAUCACAACUUUUUUGGAAACAGACUCGUAAAUCCGCCACAGCUAAACUUAUUUGCUCUGGGUCGUGCCAAGCUGUUGCUUCUGCCAGCCGGAUCGUUAAUGCAUCACUCAGAUUUAUAAUGGUUUGUUUAAGUUUUAUGAGAAUUAUUACUAGUGGCUUGAUCAGCCUUCAUCAGUCUCAUCUUUAGACCGGCUGCCAAAUGGCUGACUUAGGUAUGCUACGCAUCUUUCCAAUUGGCUGAAUGGAUCCAGAUUAAAGCGCUGCAGGCCAGAAUUUAAAACAGAUUCUUAGCGAACAAAUAGAUAUGCCUGAAAGGGCUUAUAUAAAUCCAGUCCAACUAUUUCCUGGAACUGGUCUCCUCAAUUUAAGCAGUGUCUGUGUUCUGCAGUUCAAGACUAUACAUGGAAAGCCAGGGCAAUGAGAAGAAGUUCAUUCGGUAGAGGAGCGUUUUAUAGGAUUAAGUGUUUUCAUUAAUGAAUCGUUUAUUUAAACUAGGUCAAAAGUCACUGUAGGUUUUAUCCUGAGAGACACAAUAUGAUCUUGGAUGAUCUUGCUCUAUAGAGAUGGUAGACAUGGUGUGCACAGCUGAUAAAGACAACAGGUAGAAAUCCUGGCGCUGCCCUUAAGGGUCAAAGGAUAAGUAAAAGAGUUAAAAUACAAUAUUAGGGCUGGGUGAUAUGGCAUCAAAACAAUAUCACGAUUUAUUGAGCAGUUCACCUCGAUAAUGAUAAAUGGACGAUAACUACUCCACAAACUGCUCACCCCCUCCCACAUUAACUUCGUCUACUUCAGCGUCUUAAAGGGACAUGAGACCAUAGCCUACCUACACACAUCCAAAACCAACUUUAUUUAUUUCUAGACACCGAAUAUACCAAAUGGGCAAAAUGACGUCGGUUGUUGUCGUAAAUUUCGGUAUCAGUCACUUUUGGUUUAUCGCCCAGCCUUAUACAAUCUUACGACAUAUUUACAUAUCUGCAUUCAUUUGUAGUCAAUUUAGUACAGGAGCUUCCUACUGUCCACUGUUCGACUGCAAAACGAACCCUAGAGCAAGAACACAUUAUUUGUGAAAGUGUGAAAUUAUAGUAUGGUGAUAGGGCAGCAACCAUCUCCUGGUCUACUUUUGUGCCCACUAGGAGGUCUACCAAUCCUUUUAAAGGAACAGCAGGAAAUAAUUUAGUUUCUUCUAAUCCUGGUGUGUAAGGCUGUAAUUACAAGUCGGGCUGAGGAUGAGACUUCCUCUUUUAAUUUGUGGGGAAUCUUUGAUAUCUGAUGUUGGGAAAGUAAGGGACUUUCUUCCUAUUGUACAGCACUACAACCAAAGUGUUAUGCUGGCUUGAUCAAAGCUGGACAUGACUCCUGGAUGACUAUAGAAUAAUUAGCUUAAAUGUAAUAAGCUGUUGUUGUUUUAUCUCUUGAAAAUGAACGAAAAAGAACCUUAGAAUAAAGUCAAAUCAAACCUGUUUGGAUCUGCUGUUGCUAUGACUUCCAAACAUUAACCUGAAAUCUCUCUUUCCGUUUGUUUUGCAGCCCUGCAAGGCCCAUUCGAUUCCCCAAAAGGUAAGAGGUGCCAAAAUGGUUUCUGCUGUGUUGAUGCUUUGGACUGCACAGCUCUCUCCUCCUCCUCCUCCCUUUAUUCAUGUCACUCAUCCAUCAUUGCUCCCACAGAGCUGUCAUUCCUUAACUGUGAGUCAUGAGAGAGUCGUUCACCUCUCCGUACCUGAUCACCUCUCAGUUCAGCAGCAGUCUUUUUUCCUCUUUAUCUCUCUGUUAAACAGCUGUGAACUCCACUGUCAGUGUCCUGGCCUGAGAGGAUAAAACUUUCAUCUCGGUAAAGACAAUAAGGCUGAAAUAAGUCCUUCUGACGUCCCUCCAGCUCUGCUUCUCUGUGUGCUGCCACUCCGCCUCGCAGUUAUUUUUGUAUUAUUUAUUGUUUUUAGAGGCUAAUGUGGGUGAAUGAGGCUGUGUCUUUGUUUAUAUUUGAAGAGACCCCAGUGAGACCCGACCACAAGUUUGUCCCCAGAGAUGUACUCUUGCGGAUUCACAAUCCAAUCCACUUUAUUUAUAUAGCACAUUUAAAAAAACAUUCAAGUUUACCAUAGUGCUGCACAAUAAAAUUAAAAGAACAGACACUGCAGAAACAUUUAAGAGGUCAGUGAUGUACUGUGGUGCUGAUCCAUUUAAAAACAAAACAGUAAAAUCUUAAAAUGAACUCAAAAAUGAACGGGAAACCAAUGUAGGGACGCCAGAAUAGGAGUGAUGCGGUCAUGUUUUCGUUUACCUGUUAAAAGAUGAGCAGCAGCAUUUUUGACUUACUGUAAGCGUGUGAGAGAAGCUUGAUUUACACCAACGUAAAGAGCGUUACAGUCGUCCAACCGAGUGGAAAUAAAAGCAUGAAUUACUUGCUCAAAAUCAUUAAAAGAUAAAACGAAUUUAAUCUUGGAUAAAAGCCUCAGAUGAUAAAAACUGGAUUUAACAACAGAGUUGAUUUGUUGAUCCAAUUUAAAAUCAUUGUCAACUUUUACACCAAGAUUUAAAACUGUGGGUUUGAAAUAAGGUACAAGUAAGGUUCACAAGUUGAUAUACAGCCUGUUGUAACUGUAGCUGUAUUAGCACUCUCUACUUCUUAUGUGACAGCGAUGCCGCUCACUGUGACAGUUCUCCAGUCGUUCAGUUCAAACCUGAACUCAGCUUCGCUCUCGUGUCAAUUUCUUGUUUUCUUCCUGGUCUUUUUCACACCUGGCAGGCUCAUGAUGAUAACCCUGCAUCUGUCACAUACACACAUAUGAAUGUUUUCUUCCUCUUCAUAUCCAGGACUGGCAUUUAGCUCCAUAUUUAUUCAUUUAAUGGGACUAUCCUAUCUAAUGCUUUUAUUUUUAGCUUUAUUGCAGUGUUUCCUUAGGGGGGUCCUCCACACUGGGAGUUGUGUCUGGGCUGGUGCAGUUGGCCUGGCUGUUGUCUGCCAGGGUCAAGGGGCCUGGGCGCUGGUUCCCCUUGUGGCACAGCCUGCAACUCCUCCCAGUGUGGAGGGCCCUAAAGAUGGCGCUACCUCAAUCCUCAGUGUCAUACCUGUCAUGUGCAGGUGUGUGUGUCUGUGUAGUAUGGAGGGUUGUUUUUUUUCUAUGCUCUAUUUUUCUGUGUGUGUACAGCACUUUGUGUUGCAUAUCCAUGUUUUAAAAGUGCUCUAUAAAUUAAGUUUUUAUUGAUUGAUAUUAAACUCACAGAGGUUCAUAGUCGUCACUGAGCUCGAACCAACAGCCUCUUCCUUGUUUACAGCUACGCCGAGCUGAUUGCUGAUUGGCCCGUGGUGGUUCUGGGGGUGUGCACAGUGCUCAUUGUGGUAUGCGCUCUAGUCGGCAUCCUGGUGCCUGAUCUGCCUGAUUUCUCUGACCCACUGCGAGUGAGUGCCGACCCAAAUUCUCUACUAACCAGAUCCAUACCUCUGAGUUCUUGAAACAGCCAAUUACUCAGAAGUUUAAGUGAAGAUGUCAUUUUGAAUAGCUUCAGGAACCAGUAACUCCAUCUGUAGUUUGGGUUUGCUUCUAUUAAUUAUUAACGCUUUUUUUCCAACAGGGUUUUGAGCCACGGGGAACAGCUAUUGGCCAGCGCCUGGUCACAUGGAGCAACAUGGUGAAGAACACAGGCUACAAAGCCACACUUGCCAAUUACCCCUUCAAAUAUGCUGAUGAACAGGCCAAAAAGUAAUUUAAAGCAAAUCUUUUCACUAUCCACUCGUCUUUUAGUAGUCACUGAAACAGGGACUACUUCUUCCUGAAGCUAUAUGGUCUUUAGACUAAAUACUCCAGAUACAAUCCCGAAUCCAGUUCCCUGAUCCGUACUGCCUGUGACUGAUAGAAACCGAGACUGGUCCAGUUUUUUGUCAGUAAAGCCAGAGAAAGCCCAGCCAAAGGCUGUUGCUGCUCUGCAGUACUGGCACACAGUAUAAUUGCCAUUUCUCUCAAUGGCAUGUGGAGAAAAUGAAGGAUACGAGUGACAUACACGCUGAAAAGUCUGAAUCCCUCCACAAAAGAAAAUGAGACCAAAGUGGAGAUCUUUCCACACUUUGGUCCACCAAGAGUAGAUCUUAUUUAUCUCUGACUGAUCACUCCUGAGCCUUUUGUGCUUUGUUUCAAAUCUCAACUCAACUGAUUACAUUGUUAGGUUUUAAAUUGUUUGUUCGUCUCCAUUUCAGCCAUCUAAAAUGAGGGAUAUCCACCAUUGCAGGAGGACUGGAUUUCUUAGCUGUAGUCUGCUUUGUCCCCAUUCGUCUCUGUCUUUCUGUGGCUGUCCUGGUCUUCCUUUCUAUCUUGCCGUGCAUCUGUCUGCAGAUGCAAUUGUGUACUUAUGUGGGGAUGGCGUACCGAGAGGCCUCCGCGGCUGUCAACAUGCCUCCCUGCCUCAUCCCCUCAAGUCUGUCAACCCCUCAGCCUCUCUCUGACAGCCACCUGAUUACUCUGCCAUUCUUGUCUGCUCACUGGCAUGUAGGCACUGCUACUCAGAAAACACAGCCGCAGCAAGAAUGCACAUUUACGCACGAAUACAUGAAGCAGCAAAGUCUUGGCAACCACCCCCUGUUUAAUUAAAGCCACCAUACGAUUAUUAUAAUAAUGGCUUUAGUGUCUUAUUUCCAUAUUUGGUGUCUGAUGUGGGGAAAUUGUUUUUAUGUCUAUGAAAUAAUAAAUAUUCAUCUUAUGGGAUGAUGUGAGGUUUUUUUCUGUAUUAAUAUUACAGUUAAAACCCUGCACCAAAUACAGACAGAUUAGAGCAACUUGUAUUUGCUCAAAAAUGUGAAUAUGCUGUGAAUCAGGGACAGUUAUCAUUUCUAAUGUAAGAAUCAAGGAUUUUAAGAUGCUGUUUCGUGUAAUGCAAAAACUCACCAUUUGUUUGUUCUGCAGCCAUCAAGAGCCCAGGUGGCCUGAGGACCACUUUGACCGAGACAAACGGCAAGCCGAAUGGGACUUUAGUAAAGAUUUCUUCUGUGAUGUUCCAGGUGAGAUUUAGAAACCCAAAGAUAGACAGUGUACAGAAAAGUUUUGCAGAGUAAAAUUAUAAAAUACAAACUGUCAACGAUUAUUGUGUUUCUGCAGGAGAUAGUUACUCAAGGCUUGUGUUCGCUUCCGCUGAAGGGAAGAACUUGUGGAGUAUACAGGCCAUCAAAUCCAUGUGCAAUCUGGACAAUACGAGGGUGAGCACAUAAGGCUUUACAAAACCAUCUAACUCGUGUCUUUUGAACCCGAGUAAUAAUGAUUUUUCUCCUUUCUUAGGUGCGUUCACAUCGGGAUUACUGGAAUCUGUGUCAGCGCACAAACGAUGAGUCUUGUUGCCCCAGCUGGACUAUCGGUAACUACAUCGCAGUCCUGACCAACAGAUCGUCCUGCCAGAAGAUAACCGAACGUGACGUAUCGCACACUCUCAAAACCCUGCGUUCCUGUGCCAAGUACUAUCACAACGGCACUCUGGGACCUGACUGCUGGGACAUGGCUCUGCGACGGAAAGACCAGCUUAAGUGUGCGAGUGUGCCCAGAAAGUGCACCAAGUACAACGCGGUCUACCAAAUCCUUCACUUCCUGGUGGACAAAGAUUUCCUGAGUCCAAAAAGCCUGGAGUAUCCUCCCCCGGUGCUCAAAUAUAGCAUGCUCUUCUCCCCCACGGAGAAAGGCCAGUCUAUGAUGAACAUUUACUUGGACAAUUUUGAGAACUGGAACGCCUCAGACGGCGUCACCACAAUCACAGGGAUUGAGUUUGGCAUCAAACAUGACCUCUUUCAGGACUACCUUCUCACAGACACUGUGUAUCCUGCCAUAGCGAUAGUGAUCGUGCUGCUCGUCAUGUGCGUUUACACCCGUUCUGUUUUCAUCACGCUCAUGACAAUCAUCGCCAUCAUCAGCUCAUUGAUCGUGUCUUACUUUCUCUACCGAAUGGUCUUCAACUUUGAGUUCUUCCCCUUCAUGAACCUCACAGCGCUCAUCAUCCUCGUCGGCAUCGGGGCAGAUGACGCCUUCGUGCUCUGUGACGUGUGGAACUACACCAAGUUAGACAAGCCACACGCGGAGCUCGCAGAAAUAGUGAGUGUGACCCUACAACACGCAGCCCUGUCUAUGUUCGUCACCAGCUUCACCACGUCCGCCGCCUUUUACGCAAAUUACAUAAGCAACAUCACUGCUAUACGUUGUUUUGGUGUCUACGCAGGCACCGCCAUAUUAGUAAACUACAUCCUGAUGGUCACAUGGCUUCCGGCUGUGGUGGUGCUACAUGAACGCUACCUGCCAAAUAUGUUGCCCUGCUCCAAACCUCCUCACCAGGAGAGAGGUUACAGCAGCAGGAUGUUGUUGACAUGUCUGUGCCAGAAAGUCAGUAAAUGCUUGUUCACCGUGUCGGAGGCGUCCAGAAUAUUCUUUGAGAAGGUGCUGCCCUGCAUCGUCAUCAAAUUGCGCUACCUCUGGCUCCUCUGGUUCCUUGCCAUAACAGUGGGCGGGGCUUAUGUUGUUUGCGUCAACCCGAAGAUGAAGCUCCCGUCUCUGGAACUGGCGGAGUUUCAAGUAUUCCGCUCCUCGCAUCCGUUUGAGCGCUACGACGCAGAGUACAAGAAACUUUUUAUGUUUGAGAGGGUCCACCAUGGCGAGGAUCUACAUAUGCCGAUCACCAUUAUAUGGGGUGUGACGCCUGUGGACAACGGAGACCCCCUGAACCCCAAAAACAAGGGGAAGUUGAUGCUGGACAGUAGCUUCAACAUUGCCAGUCCAGCAUCUCAGCUGUGGAUCCUCAAUUUCUGCCAGAAGCUGAGAAACCAGAGCUUUGUCUUUCAGUCCGAUGAGCAGGACUUCACCAGCUGCUUCAUUGAGACUUUCAAACAGGUCAGUACUGCAUGUGUUCAUCAGAUAUAUCAACAUUGUUAAUUGAUUGUAAAGUGUCUUUUAAACUCCACCUCUUAUUUGAUCAGUGGAUGGAGAACCAGGACUGUGAGGAGGCCUCUGUGUACCCCUGCUGCAGCCAGUCCACCUUCCCUUACAAGCAGGAAGUCUUUGAGUUGUGCAUCAAACGAGCCAUCAUGGAGUUGGAUCGUAGCACCAACUACCAUCUGGACAGUAAGACCCCUGGACCCCGGUUUGACAUCAACGACACCAUCAGAGCCAUAGUGUUGGAGUUUCAGAGCACCUACCUCUUCACGCUAGCGUAUGAGAAGAUGUACCAGUUUUACUGCGAGGUAAGGUCUGAGGUGUUUCAUCGUAGUUUUGUCAUUUUGGUUUUUCAGUUCUGACUCUGCUAACAUAAACUCUGUGGUGAUGUUGUAGGUCGAUGCCUGGAUUACCGAGGAGUUACGAUACGCCCCUGCAGGCCUCAGCCACGGCUGGUUUAUUAGCAACCUGGAGUUCUACGACCUGCAAGACAGCCUGUCAGAUGGCACCCUGGUCGCCAUGGCACUGUCAGUGGCGGUUGCCUUCAGCGUCAUGCUCCUAACCACCUGGAAUGUCAUCAUCAGUCUGUAUGCCAUCCUGUCAAUUGCCGGGACCAUAUUCGUUACCGUCGGCUCUUUGGUGCUUCUAGGCUGGGAGCUCAAUGUCUUGGAGUCUGUCACUAUUUCUGUCGCUGUGGGGCUGUCUGUGGACUUUGCCGUUCAUUACGGUGUGGCCUACCGCCUUGCUCCAGAGCCUGACCGUGAGGGAAAGGUCAUUUUCUCCCUCAGCCGUAUGGGCUCUGCCAUUGCCAUGGCAGCGCUUACCACCUUUGUUGCUGGGGCAAUGAUGAUGCCCUCAACUGUGUUGGCCUACACCCAACUCGGCACCUUCAUGAUGCUGAUCAUGUGCAUCAGUUGGGCGUUCGCUACCUUCUUCUUCCAGUGCAUGUGCAGGUGCCUGGGACCCCAGGGGACCUGUGGCCAGAUCCCCUUACCCAAUAAGCUGCAGUGCCAAAUGUUCUCUGAGGUCACAUCAACAAACCCCUCAUCUCAGGGGAAAGGCUCCGGCCUGGGGAAGUACCAGCUGGACAACAGGGGUCAGGAAGUGGAGCAUUACGAGUUAGAACCUUUGGCCUCCAGUCAGAAAACCGAGGAGAAACCUCGAGAGGAGCAGGAAGUGUGCGCUCCGUUUUAUAACGGAUUAUCUCCUCACCACCACGCCAACCCUUAUUCACACAUGCAUUAUAAAAGCAACACUGAGAGCGGCAGGACUGGCCCUGAGAACGGGCUUGUAGCCACACUAAGCACACCCACCAGGUGCCAGUAUUCUCAAAACACUAACUACACAUGUAGGGACCCUCCUCCUGCUCAUCUACCUCAGCAGUGGACCACUUGCUCCUGUGUUCAGCCUCCCAAAGACUCUCCUUCCUGCCCGCCUACUCCACAGCUUUUCCCCCUCUCAGGACACACCCCAAACAAACCAAAUGCAGCCCUGUUACCUUCAAACUUAGACCCAGUCUUCACACACAUGGAGUGCCGUAUGCACUACUAUAACUGCUCUUCUGCCCAUUUCCACCACUGCUCCCAGAGUCGAGUCGUGGCCCCCCGGCAAGGACUUGCCCACAGCUGCCAACUCAGGAAGUACUGUGUCCACACUGCAAGUCAGCAGGGUACCUUAACAAGAGACCAGAAUACCACAUCCACAUCUUCAAACCAGGACACAGACCCAGCUCCUCCUUCACUUACUAGCUCAGAACCUGCAGGACAAGAGGAAGAUCAUAGACCGGAACUGAUAUCCUCGAGUCCUGUCAAAUGCCAAAAUAUAGACACACAAGCUCAGACUCAAUCCAACGAGAACCAUGUGUCAUCCACAACUGCAGACACACCUACGUCAGUGGAUACGUGUGGUAAAAUCCCCUGCACAAUCGAGAAGAACGUUGAACGUUUUCCUGUUUCACGGGAGAAAAGUGUCAAAAAGUGCAAAAAGAACUCUGAAAGGCAGCGAGCGUCCUCGGCCUCUCCAAAGAAACUCUACUCUCUGAGCAGGACUUUGAAAGUUAAGUGCAAUUCAGCUUCAGAGUUUAACGUUCCCAAAACUGAAACCGGCGUGCCUCCUAUCGCAGUUCACACUAAUCCUUCGUCUGAGAGCUUAUGCUGAUGAGACUUUGUGAUUUUGAUAAAAAAAAAAAAAACUUGAUCCAGAACCAGUAGCAAAUAUUAUGAAAAGGACAUAUUGUUGUGCGGUCCAGCAAGUGCCUCAAUCCAUUUCAGUAAAUCUCCACACCCACUUAGAGUAUCCUCCUAAUAGGGGUUUCCCGAUACGAUAUAGAUGUCGAAUAUCGGAGUGCUGAUAUCAGUAAAAAAUAGAAUAUCGGAUUGCAUCUAAAAUCUCAGAUAUCAGCACUCCGAUACAAGUAGUCCAUUCCAGAUUCCGCUUCAGCACCUCAAUCUAGCAGCGCCUGGAUCCAUCAUGUAGAGCCCAAGGGAUCACAACAACAGUCUGUAUUAAGGUAGUAACAAAGUACCAAGGAGUAGGAGUGAUGUCUGCUGUGUGGCAGUAUUUUUCAUUAAAGUCCAAAAAAGACAUUACAGCUGAGUGCAAAAGUUGUCAUGCACAAGUUUAUGCUAAUAUCAGAUCAAUAUCGGUAUCAGACAAUACUAUAUAGGCAUCGUAUCGGAGGUAAAAAAAGUUGUAUCAGGAUACCCCUACCUGCUAAUGUCUUAUUUUUGAGCACACAUAUGUGAGAUUACAUGAACUGUAAUUUAAAAUAACUCGCAGAGAAAUGUGCACUGCUGCUAACGGUCCUUCAUUGAAUCAUGAAGCUUAUUCAUACAGCAGCCAUCUGCACCAACCUGUAAAUGAAAUCAUACAGUAUCUAUUUUGUCAUACUGCAGGUAUAUAUGAAUAUGUCUGAAAAUACAGAUUGUACUAAAUCCGAGCCACAUCUCACCAGCUGACAAACUUCUUCAGACUCAACAUGCCUCAAAUAUGAUUAAAGUGUCUUUUUAUAUCACUGUCAUCUGGCUGUUUCAUAUUGUCUGCUUGUCCAAUGUUUAAAAAGCAUGACUUCCUUUAACAGGCAGAAACCUCGAGCAGAACCAGACUCAAGUUAGACAGAGAGAGAGGUGGAGGGAGGUGAGACUGGUGCUUGUUGAAGCAGCUGGAGAGCAGGCAGGCAGGGACUCUAAUGAGACAUGAUGGUUUAUAGACAAGAGGUGCUCAAUGUUCCUGUACCCCAGUUUGGCUAUGUAAGUCCACUUUGUCUCAUGAGUUAAAAAAAGGUUUAAUCUGAUUACAUGAUGUUUGUAUGUUUAAGGAAAUCUCCUACUUCAGCUCAUAGAGAUCACUCUGUUUUUACCAAAGCUCUUCAUCCUCCUCAGAUUGCUUUUAACCUUCUCCUCUCAAUCACUUCUGUGGAGAUGAGUUCGCUUUCCCCCCUUCAGCCCUGUACGUAUAUUUGUUUAAACAGAGGUCAAAUAUUAGUUAUGGCCAUAGGGUUUAUAACACUUCCUUGUCUAUUCUGAGGAUAUUUUUCAGGCUUUAAAUAACUGGAAAAGUAACAGAGCUGGAAAACAUGCAAAGGUAAACAUUUGCUUCCAAUUUUUAAAUUAGAUUUUGGUGGAGCUGCAAGGCCUUGAUUCUAGCGGGUAUUCAAAUGUGUGAAAAAUACCUCUGUAUCUUUAUAUCUGUAUCUAUACUCCUCCUUUAUUUGGCUUUGCUGCUAAACUGUCACCAGUUUUCAAGGGUCUAUACAGGGUUGUUCAAGUGCUGUUAGAUCAGGACAACAAGCUGGUGGAUGCUCAGCCGAAGGGACAUGGUUCCAGCAGACCCAGAGGAGCCAGGAAAGCCGCCAGUGCAUGGAUCUGAUUCUCCUGACUCUACUGGCCUGCAAAGACCUUCUUGUUGUGAGGUGAAAACGUCAACUACUGCACAGGUGAGAUUAGGGAAGGUUAUGUAGGUUAUUAAUCAAUAUUUUUGCAGUAUUUCUCACUGCGUUUUGUGGCUCCUCAAAUGAACUCCAGGCUCAGCAGGUGUUAUACCGCACUGGGUCCACAUUGAUGGACUGUUCUCAGAGUCUGCAGAUGGGCAGUAAUGUCACAAACAGCUGGCUCAUAAAGAUGGGGAGGACGAGGGCCAAAAAGGACAUAAGCCUCUCUGCCCGGAAGCUUCCUGUUUCCAGACACACGGCUCAAAUGAAAGGAAGCUGGCUGACCUCAAAGCCACUUUCUUACAGGCCAACAAAUCCAAGAGCAAGAGACGGGACUUGGGUAUUUUCAGUUCAUCCUACAAUUAAGUACUGACAUGACCGUCUUGAUGCAGAGUUAGCCUCCCUGACUACCCCAGAGUUUUAUUUAGAUUUAUUUAAAUAGUUGUAGUUCCUCAGGGUGUAGCGGUGCAUGCUGUGGAAAACUCCAGAAAAUGCUGAAUAAAAACCAAAAAUUAGCAAUCUUCAAGAUCAGAAUCAAUCGGAAGGUCUCCUGGAGGUUUAACCUUGGGGUUAAGACAAAAUACAUUUCAGAUCAUUUAUAUGUAAUGCUAAUAAAUAAAGACAAAGUUAUAUCAGAUCAUUUAAAGCUUCUGCAAGGAACUUCUGCUCUUUGUCUUGGCGUCCCCUUGUGAGGAAAAAGAAGAGUUUUUCCUGUGCUUUUUGACCAAAAUGAUCCAGAACUUUUUAGUUCCAGGGACUUUUCUCUCUCUCUCUUUAAGAAACCGAAUGGUUCCUGUGCAUUUCCUCUGGAAAUAAAGCAGAUCAGACCAAAGACAUCCAGGGUCGGUCUCUGCUAAAUUUAUUUGAAUGAAAAAGUCAAAAAUAGUCACAGAUGCAGCAGGUAAGCUGUACAGAUGAUUAAAUCAUUAUAUCAGAUUUGAUCAAAUUGGACACCAUCAGACAGUGAAUCUUCUUCAAAGGGAAAUUUGUCAUUUCAUUUGCAUGGCAACAGUGUAUGAGGCUUCUAGAAUGCUGGGGGGACCUUAAAGGGACGGUGACAGGGUUUUCAAAGACAGCAGCCUGAAAUAUGUUCAGAGUUUGUUGAACUGUAAAUCAUGUAAAGCUGCUGAGAAUCAAUCAGAGGGGUGAUAUAUGUCUCACAUUUGUGUUUCUCUCAAGUCGUCUGAUUGGUCACUGUCCUCACUUUUUGGUUGGAUGUCCGGUUCUGCUGACUCAGCGUUUUCCGCUGAAGACUUUUUCACUUUACUGUCUUUCAGUAUCUGUGAGACGAGCCGCGAAUAAAACCACUCCAGAUCCUGAGGGUCGUCGGGCCAGAUUAGAUAUUCUCUCUUCUGGACGAAAGCUCUGACUGCGUUGUACUUCAUCAGCUGGUAGUGAGUGACCUGCAGUUUUAUUGUGCAAGAACAUCGGUAGGAGGGAAGGUCAAUAACAUGCAUUUAUAUUUGAAACAAUCAUUUCUCAGCAGCAGUUUUUUAGAUAGUUGUGAAGUUUUCAGGUAGAGUUGGGAUAUUUUUAAUCUGAACCAAGGCUGACACCUAUUGCUGGGAAGUAGGAGCUGCAUUACCCAUCAUCCACUGAGGUACCUGCCCUGCACAUUAUGGAGCAGUAAGCAGCUAAAGAGCUGAUAGUGAUACAGGUCGAGUUACCUAUUAACCGUGCGAGUAUGUCUUGACUCUACUAGGACAAAACUCAUCUGUGCACAGGGUGUUCAACCAAAGGACUUUCUUGUUGUGGUGAAGGAGUGACAGUCGUUGCACCAUCAUUCAGCCAUUGCAGCACACACUUUGAAAAUAGUGUUUUUAAGGAAAUGUGUGUAACCCUGCCGCUUUGCACACACCUUCCCCACCACCAACAUGAUCAGGACAUUCGUCAGCUCCUCCAGCAUCCGGCUCUGAGCCAGGGAGAACGCCUCCAAGCACCAACCAUCUAGAAGAAAGAGGGCACAGUCCAGUCAGUUCUGACACCAGACCUCCUGGUUUGACGACUAAGAUAAGAGUUGAUGCACUCUUCAAUUUGUCCGCUUUCUAUGUUUAAGUUUGGGGAAAUGUACCUUUAAGGAACUUUUGAGAGACGAUGCAGACGGUUCUCUUGCUGUCCCAGAUGGCGUCUCUGAUGUUGGAGAGAUGAUCCUCGCCCGGCAGAAAGUCUCUGGCCUCGAAACAACAGCGGAGGAUGUUUCCUCCAUCAAACUGGUUAUCCAGCCUCUUCAGCAGAGCUGACUCCACCCACCCAUAAUCUCCGUCAGUGAAGCAGAGGAAGGCAUCAUACUUCAUCUCACCCGCAGGUGCUGUGGGUUUUUUUGUGCCCUGAAGUACCCGACCCACAAUCCUCCUGUAGAUAAUAAAUAUGUCCCCUCGGAGAUGGGCGUACACGAUCCCAGUUAGUGUGAGGGUGAUGGUGAGUAGAGCAGAGAAGAUGAAGAGAGCAAACCUCAGACCCUCCAAAUUCUUCUCAUCGUCUGUUUCACAUGUUUCAAUAACCGUGGAGUAAUCAAGUAGGGGGAGGUGACGCAGAGCAGACGGGAACUCACACAUGAGCUCCUCGAUGGGGCUCAGGAAGGUCACGUUUGUCAUAUUCAGCCACUUCAGGAAACGCUCCAGAUUACAGUUACAGUGAAAGCGAUUCCCUGCCAGAUUUAAGAGGCUGAAGGACCUGAAAACCAGAGGGUCUGGGGAGGCUAGGAAGUUAUCUGAGAGGUGGAGAGUUUUUAAGCUGACUGGAAAGACAUGUGAGUGGAGGUAGGUUAAAGCGUUUGAUGAGAGAUCGAUCUCUAUGAUGGAGCUGAGCCCGCUGAAAACCCCGUGUGGGAGAGAAGAGAGCGAAUUGUGGCUUAAAUUUAGACCGAGCAGAUUCUCUAGAUUAUCAAACAGGUCGAGACACUUCUUCUGUGCCCAGAUUACCUGCAGGGAACUGUCAUGGAGAUCAAGCACCAGCAAAGUAUUAUUGGAUAUGUCAAAGUUAGAAUUAAGAGCGCACCACUUGAUGAAGUUUCCACCAAAGACAAAAACCUGUAGACGUUUGAAAUACUCCAAAACAGAGUAAACAUCCUCCAAAUUUGUUAAUCUGUUUUGUCUUAAGUCCAAAUGGGUGCUGUUCUUUCCCCCCCAAUAUUUGAUCCUAUGAAUGGAAUUUAACUUAUUGUCACCCAACAGAAGACGCUCCAGGUUUGGUAAGGAUGCAGCGAAACCCAGGUCUUUGAGGGAGUUUCCUGUCAGGUAUAAACCUCGCAAAUAAGGAAGACCGCUGAACGCUUGGUAACCCAACUUACCGAUGUGGUUAUAAGACAAAUCCAACACCCUCAGGUUUGUCAGUCUGAAGAAAGUGUGAGAAUAAAUCUCUCCUAAGAGGUUGAAUGAAAGGUUGAGCAUCCUUAAAUGUCCUUGGAGACCACUGAAGGCAUUUCUGCCAAUAUUAUUGAUCCUGUUUAGUGACAUAUCAAUAAUGAUCACAUCUUUAAAAGGACUAAAAACAGCCUCCUGUAAGGAAAAUAUGCGGUUUUUAGAGAGAUCUAAGAUUUCGACGGUACUGUUAGUAAGGCCUACAAAUGUGCCAGAAUCCGGGUCAGGGAGGUUAUCGUGUGAAAAACCUUUACCCAUGUGUCCAUGGAAUAUAAGGUGAGAAAUCUGAGUCCCCAUUAUUGCUUUGAAAAAUUGUCUUGAUCCAUUCACAGUAAACUCAUUUGAUGAUAGGUCCAGUUUUUGAAAGGCCACCCCCCUAAAAGGAUUCCCACAUCGAUCCCAAUCAAAGUUGUUACCCAAUUUAUUGAAGUCCAACUUCAGCAAAGUGAAGUAUUUCCCCUGGAAACCAACUAGAUCAUUUUCACAUAAUCCUUCAAUCUGAUUUGAUGUGAGGUUUAGAUUGGUUAACUUUACGAGCUUGGAGAAAAACAGGCCCGGUCGCAGUCUCGAUAUUUCAUUUCCAAAGAGAUCGAGUGUUUCCAAGUUGAUAAGGGGCUGAAGGUAGUUCUCCGACAGAAUGGAGUCUGACAAUUUGCAGUAGUCCAAAGACAAGUGUUGUAACCUGAAUAGUCCUGCGAAAGCCCUCGGCUCGAGUUUGAGUCCGAUGUUGUAUCCGAGGACCAACCUGGUCAAGACUCUCUGCCGGAGGAAAGCGUUAGUCCUGAUUGUGAGCUGCACAUUUUGCUUGCCGAGGUCUAGCUUUUGGAGCUGGUUGUAGGCUUUGAGGGAGGUGCUGUUGAUCUCGCUGAUGUAGUUCAUCUCUAGGAAGAGGUGGGUGAUGUUUGAAGGUAAGGUGGGAACCCAGUACAGGUGCUUCGAGGCACAGGCAGCUACCAGGCCAUAGAGUGUGCAUGUGGGGUAACAUGAGGGCACCUGCGGGUAGGAAUAUUAUAUUAACCCUGAUGAACUGAGAAUAAUAAUCAGAUGAGUCCCUGACAAAGCAUUGCAUGAGAAGCUAAUGCAAAAAUUAAAGCGCUAGCAUUACUUUAAUCUCUAGAACUUGGCAGGAAGCCUUCGCAAACAAGUAAAAAUAAAGUAAAUUGAAAUAUUUUUUGGAUCUUCUGUGCCAAACUGUGUCAGGAUUUGUGCAGCUCACAUUAGAAAAACUUACCUGCAGGUAUAAAGCAAGGAAACCCGCACAAAGAGCCAGCAUCCCCAUACUUUCCUUGCCCUGUGAAGAUGUGCAGCUACUGAGAGAGAGAAAAAAAUUAAAGUGUGUAGAUAAUGGGAUGUUAAAGGGAUAUUCCGGCGUGAAAUUAAUUUAGGGUCAAACACACCGUAACACUGAGUUAGACACCCCCUCCAGAGAUGAAUGUUGCCGACCGCUUGCUUCUCUAGUUAUACCAACUUUAGUAACAACCGCAGGAUAGCAAUACACAGCGGUCUGAGGAGCCAUAAACAAAGCAAACAACCAAAACUAAUCUUUAUACUUUACCAAUACUUUAUCAUUUCCUUGAAGUAAUAAUCAUAUUAAUAAUUUUCACUGCAGACGCAGUAGUUCUUCUGCCUUAGCGUCUCGGUCUGAUUGCAUUUCCAUGAGGAAAUGAUCAUAAAUGUUCUUCCUUGAGCUGCGCAUUGAGCAUUAUUUGUGGCUAUAGAGUGGCGUUUAGAUUUGUUUAGAUUUUGUGUAUUGCUACCCUGCAGUCGUUACUAAAGUUGUGAAACUAGAGAAGCAAGCGG